AUGAACUUGACCGUGGUAACAGCUUCACUUCUCUGCAGCCUCGGUAAGUAUUAAAUCAUUUAUAACAUCUCAUAUUAUUAUUAGCAUUUGUGGGCCUUAUCUGCAGUAUAUUCUAUUCUUACAUGCUAACUUGCAUAAAAAGAUGUAUUCUGACAUUAUGUUUGUUUCAGGCUGGCUCUCUGUCUCAGGCUCUGAGUCUCAGACUGUGGAGGUCCAGUCUGGUGAAGAUGCCACUCUGACCUGCCCCAACAUGACAAACAAAGACGGUGUCCGAUUCUGGGUCAGACUUAUCAAGAGAUCACAGAUCAGCUGUAUUGCUGUUCAGAUAAAGUCUGUAAAAAAUCCAGAUUUUUGUGAUGGAUACGCUUAUGGAAAAUUUAGCAUGUGGUCCAAUAUCUCAACAGUCUUUCUUAAAAUCGCAUCAGUGGAUUUGUUCGACUCUGGACUUUAUUUCUGUGGAAUUUAUGAAGACGCACGUCCAGCUUUCAAUCUGAUAAAUCUGAAGGUCCAAAGUAAGAUUUUCUUGAUUUAUCUUCCCAUUGUCUGACUGCAGUGCCUUCUUGUGCACAUUUUUGUAAAAGUUGUCUUUAUAUAAAAUCUUCCAUGUAUCAGAGUGGCUUUUAAUGGUUCAAAAAGGGUUCUUUCACAUCAUUGACAGGCCUCAACGAGGUGCGUGAUGACAGCAAGAGUACAAGUAAGAAUAUUUUAACUACUUAUUUCAUUGUGCCGAUGUCUGUCGUCUUUAAAUAUUGUUUAAAGUCCUACAAUGAAGUCUGGAUAGAGAAAAUAAUGUUCCUUUCAUAGAGAUGUGUGAUAGAACAACCACAAUGGCUAGUGUGAUCCUGGGUGGUGUGUGUGCUGUCCUCAUGAUGGUCAUCAUCGGUCUGUUUGUUAAAAACAGGAAACUUCAGACAGGUACAUGAAGCCACUCAUUGAUGGUUUUGAUUUCUGUUGGAAACCCUUUUUAAAAUCUUCAAAUGACAAUAUCUUACUGACUUACCAGAUUUUUUUUUUUUUUUUUGCACUCAACAAAGACGAAAAUCCAAGACAGAGUGAGGUAAAUCUAUUUCUAUAUUUACUUGUUAAAAAUUGUUGAAAGGAAAUACAUUUUACUCACUGGUGCCAGACUGAGCUUACUAUACUUGUGUUAAUGCUAACUGUGCCUCCUUAUUUACUAUUUAUGAAAAUAUGACAAAAUAAAGAGAGUCUACGUGUCUUCAAACUAAGUGUGUGGUCUGAUUUAUCAAUAUUAAGUGUCUGAAUAUCAAUAUUGUUGUGGUACCUGCCUUAAUAGCCAAUAAUGUUGACUCCUAGUGAGUUUUAAUGACCAUAUCAAAGUGUAAAAUCUCUGUCUCUUUUUUUCAGAGUGUGGUCUCCACUGAUCUGAACUACGCAACGGUAGCAUUUCGACCCAAGACAAGAAGAAGAGAGCCGGAGCCAAACGUCACUUACGCUGCCACCAGAUAGAAAGAGAAGGCAACUGGAAAUUAACUUUGUAUCUUACGAUUUUGCUGUACUUUGCGUUUCUAUAUAACUUGAAUCUGGAACAAGAGCUGAUGAAGACCCAAUAAAUCACAUAUCCCAUUGUCUAUUAUAUUUUAAAUCAAAUAAAAACCAUUGAUUAAGUGUUUUAUGAAUUGGAUUCCAUUAAGGUGAAUGGCUUUCAGUGUUUCCUAAAAUCAGAGAUGACAAUCUGCAGCAGCCAAAGAGGGGUUAAAGAGCAUACCACUUCCUCAAAGAAAAAAAAAAAAAAAAACAGCAGUGUGGUUUUAGAGUGGCUGAAUUUAAAAAAUAAACUCACAGCCUGGCAGACCAUAGCCUUUGAAAAACAAACAGCCAGAAACAUUUAAGUACUCAUCCAGGAUAUUCCUCUUAAGGUUCAUAAUGAGGUCACAUACACUGUUGGAAUGAACAUUUGACCUGUAGAAAUAGAUUCAGUUCACAACACGUGGCAGAUAUCUAUACAAGAAAAACUGGAGGUUAAAAAUAAACACAGACUAUUAGAAGUCACAAUCUUAUGUGUGACUGAAAAGGCCAUAAACCACAGAGCUCAGAAGUUCUUGGUUCAUCCUAAGCAGGGGAUAAUGACGUUCCAUGGUUUUCAAAGGGAAUGUCAGAUUUGGAUUAAUUAGACCACUAGACAGUUUUCCACCAUGGUAUUUCUUGAUCAUGUUCAAAUGUGGCUUCCUCUUGGUAUGAGUCAGAUUAAACCUACAUUUGUGUAGGCAGAGACAAGCUGUGUUCACACGUAAUGCUUCUGGGAAAUGAUGAUAUGUUGCACUAAUAGGAAAUAAAGAAUAUCUAAAAACUUUUUGUUUGUUUGUUUGUUUACUUUAGAGAGUGAACACAGCCAAAUAGCCCUUUGCAAUCAGCUGUGUUCAAUACAAAAUGGACAACUAGCCCAUCCUCACAGCAAGGAAUUUUGGGCGUCUGUAAGUCCUUCUUCCUCAAAAAUUAGUCACACACUAAAGGGUUAUUUACAAGAGUAGCGCGGUGGAAGUCCCAGAUGUGAAAAAAAUAUGUGAAAUGGUACACGUCUUGUCCGUUUCUCUCAUCACCAACCCCCCCCCCCCCCCCCCCACACACACACACACACACACACACACACCUUUUUGUUCCACUGAGGUAAAAAAAAAAAAAGUAUCUCAGUUCAAGAGAUCACCACAGGAUGACUGGCCUUCAGCUCUCAGUCUCAGCACAGAAACCACAAGCUGCAAAAGCUGUGGCUCUGUCACAUUGAGGCACUUUUUUUUUCCUCUCAAGCAUAGAUUAGAGGCUCACCAGCUAAAAAUCUCCUUUUUGUCUUAUCAUAUGCAUGAAACUUCACACACUUACACAGUAGUCCAUAAUCAACUAGAUGUGUGGUCUCCACUGAUCUGAACUACGCAGCGGUAGCAUUUCAACCCAAGACAAGAAGAAGAGAGCCGGAGCCAAACGUCACUUACGCUGCCACCAGAUAGAAAGAGAAGGCAACUGGAAAUUAACUUUGUAUCUUACGAUUUUGCUGUACUUUGCGUUUCUAUAUAACUUGAAUCUGGAACAAGAGCUGAUGAAGACCUAAUACAUCACAUAUCCCAUUGUCUAUUAUGUUUUAAAUCAAAUACAAACCUGUUAUUAAGUGUUUUAUGAAUUGCAUUCCCUCAAGGUGAAUGGCUUUCAGUGUUUCCUGAAAUAAGAGAUGACAAACAAUCUGCAGCAGCCAAAGAGGGGUUAAAGAGCAUACCACUUCCUCAAAGAAAAAAAAAACAGCAGUGUGGUUUUAGAGUGGCUGAAUUUCAAAAUAAAUUCAUAGCCUGGCAGACCAUAACCUUUGAAAAACAAACAGCCAGAAACAGUUAAGUAGGGAAGGCCAGGGCUUGGCGUCACACUUUUUACACUCUUAUAUAUUGCUUGGAUUAAAUACAUCAUAUAUAAACAAAAUGUGUACCAGAUGAAAAACCAAAGUCUCAUGUAUAUAUUUCGUAUUCAUGUCAUUUUCAUAUCUUUUGUCAGUACAGAGUUAUAAGCAAUCAAAUAGAGAGUGUGAACAUGCGACAUGUUGCCACACCAUCGGGCAAGUUGUCUCACUCCAUGUAGUAAGAUGUCUAAGUGGAUUUUGCAGCUAAUAAAACAAGGAUAAAAUUAUUUCUGUUUGCAUUUUUUCAGUUGAAAGUGAACAUCAAAGUCAGGCACAGAAAAUGUUUAUCAUUGAGUUAGAAAACGUCAUUGAACAUAGCCAUACAAGAAACAUUAACAAAAUAUUAUGCAACAUGCUCUGGAGUUUGGAGAGUUGUCUGACUCUGUUCUUCGGCCGGGAUGAAUAUUUUGCAGUACCGAGCCAAGGUAUGGUAGUUGACAUUAAAGUCCUUUAUUGUACUCCAGAUUGAGUUAUAAGCUUGGGUGACCUGCCUGACUGCCUGACUCAGCAUCACGUUCAGGCACUGCACUGUCACGUUCAGUUUUUUCUUUAGAUUCCUGACUACGGGGUCUAUUUUCGCACAGCAAGUUUGGUACUUUGGUAGACUGAGAAGUACCGAGGUCUGCCAAGCUGGGCGUGGUGGCGUGGUAGGAGGAGGUGCCGACAGAAUCAGCUGGCGCAAUGACAUUUUUGUGACCACUGGCUGCAUGAAAAGUGCGCUGAAAGCUCACCGAUUUAAAGCUGGUCAGCUUUCAGCACAGGCGGAGGGCAGCUGGUCUAGUGGUAUUUUGGUAGACUGGUGGCGUGGCGCGUACACGUCACCAAUGCUUCACCGGCAGGGUUCCACAGUGUCAGGCACAUUUCAGUGCAAUAAAUAAUCAUAAAACCAAUAUUCAGUGCAACUAUCUGGAUCAGCAGAAACAUGUAGAUCUAUAUCGAUAUACACUUGAGGCCACAAUUAUUAGCCCCCCUAUGAAAUUUUAAGUUUUUUCCCAAAAUUUUCCAAGUACUGUUAAACAGAUUAAUGAUUUUUUUACGCAGCUUUUCCAAAUAUCCUAGUUUUGUUUUGGAUCCUUACAUUAUUUUACUUUGCACACAGAAACAAAAUUAUUUCACAAAAAAAAAACUACCAGGGUCAAAAUUAUUAGCCCCCUGAAGAAUUGACGUUUUUAUUAAGCCAAAACAAAAACCACUGUUGUGCAAUCAUGUGCUUUCACUUUCAAGUGCUCACAGCUUGUCAUCAAUCAAUCAAUUAAGUGAAAACAAAGGGUUGUCCUACACUUUACACACAGUAUAAAAACCUAGUUACGCAUUUGAGCUGUCACCUGAGAAGGCAUCAUGGCAAAUACAAAAGAUUUCAGUUUAGAUGAGGAAAAGAAUUGAUGCUCACAAAGCAUUUUCAAAUAUGGCUUACUCUUUGUAUGAGUCAGAUUCAACCUACAUUUGUGUAGGCAGAGACAAGCUGCGUUCACAGAUAAUGCUUUUGGGAAACGAUUUGAGCCCAAGCAAUGAGUUCCACUACAGAGCCAUGUCUGUUUUUGAUGAAGUGCCACCUGACGGGUAAAGAUCAUGGUAUUAUGCUCAUGUCAAUGACAAGAUCCUUUUACCUGUUCACGCAGUCUCUCACAAGUGGGGGACCUCUUUUUCUCUGUACUUUUGGGAGACUUUGUUUAUUAUAUUUCCAGACGAAUCUGAAAAUAUGUAUUUGAUAAACCUUUCUUAAAAAAGUGAAUAAACUGAUGUAACUGGUCUGUGAUAAUAAAAAUGCAGGCGUUGGCUGAAAGAGUAAUGUGUCGCCAGGCUAGAUGGCACCACAACAACCACUUGUCAGUACGCAGCCAUGUUACAGUAUUUCCAAAUGAUCUGGAGUUGAACUGAUAUGAUGAAAAAAUGACUUGCUUUAUUGGACAAUGAUCAGUCAUAUAUUGUUUGUUUUACCUAGGUGGCCAAGUACAGAGUGAAGAGCAGAAAGAGGUAAAUGAAAUUUAACCAAUAUCUUAUGUGUCUGAUCAUAUGUAGACACCACAUGAACACUGACUUUUCACAGACUGAGGCCUCCAAUGAUGUGAUUUAAUCAGCUGUAACCCAUGGAAGGAGAAGAGAGCAGGAGUCAAAUGUGGUUUAUGCUAACAUCAGAUAGAGAGAAGAGGUUCCUGUAGCUUAGGAUUUUAGUGCUGGUUGGUUAGGUAACAAUCACUCUUGUUGGGGAAGAAAAUAAAAAAAAAAAAUUUUCUAAUCAAUAAAGCUUUCUUUCUCAAACUGCCCUUCUGGACUCUUUUAUAUUAGAUGGUAUAUGGGGGAAAUUAAAAGAAGAGGACUACUGUUAUGGUCUCUAGUAGGGUUCAAAUGGAAAUUUACAGCAGUAGACGAGUGGUUAAAGUUCAUACCGUGGUCAGGAAAAAACAGCACAGUUUGGUUUUAUCUGAAACUGAAGGGCGUUAUCUGUGGCCCAGAGGAUCAAAGGUGUCAAAAAAUAACAGCUAAGAGAGUAUUCAGUACUUGCCAAGGACAUUCAAAGCCUCUUCAGUUGAGUGUGUGCUCACAAAGUCUCAAGACACACUUACUAUAAUGCUUUAGAAAAAGAUUGAGGCUCCGAUAUAUUGGAGCCUAGUUGGUUAACACUGAAACUUCGCCACACCAUGGAGCGUGAUCCUGCUAUGUUCUCUCCUUGUUUGUGCAGAAGAAACCAUAGUGACUGAAUCUGGGCAUAUCAAAUUUGAGUUGAAGCUGGUAAUGUUGUGCAGCAGUGGAUCAUGCUUUUAUUAUUGCAGAGCAGAAAAGAUGAGUGAUGUCUGGCUAAUCACAGGGCUUGUGGUCUGCAUUGAGUCGAAGGCGUCAGCUAUACACAUAGGCUUCAGCGCAGGAUACAGGGCAAGAGCAUAAACCAGAUUUAAAAAGGACAAACACCAGCAGUGAACAACAGGUUUAAGUGGAGGGGAGAAGUCGGUGUCUUUACUUUCAGGAAGAGACAGUACCGUGUGGUAAUUCAAAGCUCAGUAAAAAUAAAGUGUGAAAUGAUACUGUGAGAUGCUGGUUGCUGAUAAAUCUCAUUUAACUUUGUAUUCUACAUUCAGCAUUAUGUGGAUCAGCAAAACUCUGCAUCUUUGACCACUUUUUAAAGUUUGUGCACAAAGCGGGCACAUUGUCUGCAGCAUCACUUGUUUGUCAGGAAGAGACAGCACAGUGUGGUCUGAAGGAAAAAAAAAAAAAACAACACCAUCAGUGCUACAAGCAUUAGCUCAGGAUCCCAGCAGAAUGGUGAGUCGUCUGUGUUUGACGAGGAAAAGCCAUGAUGCAUCAAGUUUUCAUGAAGGCAGCAGUUAAUCCCCUGAAGAAAAAGUAUAGCUGUUCACACAGCUGACAAAGAGCAGAAUCCAAGACAGAGUGAAGUCAACUUAUUUAUUGUUGUAAACUUGAGACUUCUGUGUGACGGUAGAUACUAUAAAGCCUCUUAACCAUAGACUGUAUAUAGAAUGGACGCUGUCUGCCUCCUCACUGGGUGAAGCCACCGCAAGAACAGCACCCUCUGGUGACGGGCUGCAGUAUAGGUCAUAAAUCCUGCCUCUGGCAGCAAUCCCUAUAGAGCUGUGGACAAACUUUCAAAAUUGAUUACAAAGAAUAUCAUUUCUCUCUCCCUGGUUGCAAUGUUGAUGUGUAGUUAUUGUAAGACUGUUUUGUGCUCAAGUCCUCUUUUUUCUGUGCAGCUCCAUUUUUAAAAGUUAUUAGGGGUUCAUGUUUUCUAUAUGAUUGACAUUUGAUACAGCCUAUGGGCGUAUGAAGAUUGCGUAGCUUACCCGGGGAUACGCUGUUUGAGACGAGCAUCAUCACAACAACUCUCUGAGACUCUCCCUCUGAAUACGUACAAUAGUGCUGCGCAAGUGGUGGUUCCAGGAAGUGGAAAAAAUCCUGUAAAUACCAAGAGCAAUUUGGUAUUUACAGGAAUUUUGGGAGGCAUCCCGGCCCAUUGCUGCAGGGGGCGCCGUCACAGGGACCACAAGCCCGGCAGACAGGAGGCUCCACACCAAGGUGUAGAGCUCUCUGGUUCCACCCUGGCCAGAGCUGUCCCCAGAACGGCGCCCCCACCAACAGACCAGAACCCGCUCCCGGUGAAGCAGCCCCCAGGAGGAAACACUGGAAAAACUGAGGGACUAAAAGAACAAGAUAAGACAUGAAAGUAUAGAAACUAAAACUGAAGGAAUAAAACUGUAAUCGCUAAGACAGACCCAGUAAAUAAUGUAAGAUAAAAUUAUUUUGUGCACUGUAAAACACGCCAGACUAAAAAUAAUAAUAAUAAUAUUGAUCGAUUGAAGUAUAAAAUAGAACGGAAAUAAAAAGUGUUAGAUAGUGUAACAAUAAGAGUGAGCAUAAAAGGGAUUAAAAGAGUUAAACUAGUCAGUUAAAAGCCUGAUUAAAAAGAUGAGUCUUUAGCCUCUUUUUAAAAACAUCAACAUUCUCUGCAGCCCUGAGGCUCUCCGGGAGGCUGUUCCAUAAUCGGGGGCCAUAAUAACUGAAUGCCGCCGCCCCGUAUGUCUUGGUUCUUACUUGUGGGAUUUUUAAGAGACCAGCUCCAGAGGACCUCAGGGUCCGUGAGGGCUGAUAAGGUAAAAGUAUCUCGGAUAAAUAAAACGGCCCAAGACCAUUAAGACACUUAAAAAUUAGGAGGAGAACCUUAAAAUCGAUCCUGAAGCGGACAGGGAGCCAAUGCAGCGAUUUUAAGACAGGAGUAAUGUGCUCCCGCCCUCUGGUCCCCGUCAGCACCCGUGCGGCUGAGUUUUGUAAUAAUUGUAGGUUUUGCAUGUUCUUUUUGGGAAGACCAGUUAGCAGGGCAAUACAAUAAUCCAAACGACACGAGAUAAAAGCAUGCAUCAGCACCUCCGUGCUGGCCUAAGAGAGAAACGGGCGGACUCUUGCUAUAUUCUUAAGAUGGUAGAAACCUAUCUUUGUUAUGUUUUUUAAUGUGUAAUAAACGUGAGCUUGGAGUCAAAAAUUAUGCCCAGAUUUUUUACAGAUUUUGAAGGUUUAAAAUCCUGUAACUUUGGUAAAAGUUUCUCUCUCUGGCCUUCAGGACCAGUGACUAAAACCUCUGUUUUGAGUUAAAUACAGUUAAAAAGGGCAUCAAUUGGCCUUUGUUAUCAGGAGACACGGCGAUGUACAGUUGCGUAUCAUCAGCAUAGCUAUGGAACCUGAUGCCGUGCCUCCAGAUGACAUCCCCAAGGGGUAACAUGUAGAGGUUGAACAGAGUUGGACCUAGAAUUGACCCUUGGGGAACCCCACACUCUAUUUUAUGGGUCCUUGAGGAACAUGUAUCCAUACUUAUAAAGAAAUUUCGAUCAGUCAGGUAGGACGUGAACCACUUAAGAACAGUACCAGUACCAAACGUGAUGGUCUACUGUAUCGAAGGCGGCUGUUACAUCCAGCAGAACCAACACUGUGAGUUUGUGGUUAUCUAAGUCACAUCUGAUGUCAUUUAAAAUCUUCAGAAGUGCUGUCUCUGUGCUGUGGUUCCUCCUAAAGCCAGACUGAUGGGUCUCUAAAAUAUGUUUUGAGUUUAAAAAAUCAUUUACAUGGUUAAAAACAAGUUUUUCUAGAACUUUACCUAAAAAUGGUAGGUUGGAUACAGGCUGGUAGUUAUUUAAAACAUUGGGAUCUCAAUCACUCUUCUUCAGAAGGGGCUUCACCAUCACCGUUUUAAAGGCGGUGGGGAAGACACCCGUCUGAAGAGAGCAAUUCACCAAACACAACAGCUGUUCCUCGAAGAAUCCAUAGUUUUUUAAAAAACGGUGUGGGAAUUGGGUCUAAAAGGCAGGUUGGGGCCUUUACCUGGGAGAAAACCAAGUGUCCUCACAUCAACCAGGGCAAAACUUUCCAGUGUUUCCUUGGGAAAACUCGGUGACCCGGGUGUUAAAAGCUGUUGGGAUAAAAGACUGGAUCGAAUGUCAUUUAUUUUUCUUCUGAAGUGGUCUGCAAAAUCCUCACAAAGGGCAUUAUCCGGUGGUAUGGAGGAUCUUUUAAAAUUUUUGUUUGUUAAAAGGUCUAUUGUGGACAAAAGGAAUCUGGGAUUAUUUUUAUGGUUAUGGAUUAGAUUUUGGAAAUGGGAGAUUCUUGCUUGUUUGAUUGCAAUAUUGUAAAUUUUAAGAAGCUGGUGUAAUAUUUCAUAAUCCACUGUCAGCUUUGAUUUCCUCCAUCUCCUUUCAGCACUCCUGCAUUCCCUUUUCAAUGUUUUAAUGUCAUCAGUUCUCCACAGGGAUGUAGGUUUUGAUUUAAUUGUUUUUAUAAAAAGUGGAGCCACUGAGUCCAGUGCUGACUGGACUCAGUGGCUCCACUGAGUCCAGUCAGCACUGGAGUUCUCUGUAAGAUCUGGAUAAAAUUUGCAGCCACUUCAGAAGUUAGGUAACGUUUCCUCACUGUUCUCACCGGGGCCUCCCUCUGAUUAAAACUGGUGAUUGUAAAAAAGACACAAAAAUGGUCAGACACAGCCAGGUCCACAACAGAGGGCGCUCCAAUGGACAGACCAUAAGAUAUGACCAAGUCCAAGGUGCGCCCCCUGCUGUGGGUCGGCUGUGUGACAUGUUGGUUGAAAUCAAGGCAGUGUAAAAGGUUUAAAAAUUCUCUGGACAUUGGGUCUGAGGAGAUGUCCACAUGUAGAUUAAAAUCACCAGUUAUUAAAAUCCUGUUAAAAGUGGCAUAAAUAAUUGAUAAAAGCUCUGAAAAUUCCCGAAUAAAAGAAGUGGAAUACUGGGGAGGUCGGUAGACAGUUAUACAGAGGAUAGGUGGGCUGCUAAAAACGAAGGUAUGGUACUCAAAUGAUGAGUAGCUGUUAAAAAUGACUUCAUUUGUAUGCAUGUUGCACUUUGUAAUUGAGGCAGUACCACCCCCUCUUCUGCACCCCCUAGUUGAAAAUAAAAAGUUAAAAUUUGGUGGGGAAGCCUCGUGAGAACAACAGGUGCAUCAGUGCCAAGCCAUGUCUCUGUAAGGAGAAUGCUGUCCAGGUUAUUGUCCGUAAUUAUGUCAUUGAUAAUAAAAGAUUUGUUUAAAAGAGAGUGCACGUUCAGCACAGCCAUUUUAAUUCCUGUGCUGAAGGUGCGCUCAGUGCGUUUUUCUAAGGGAACAUUAAAAACACAUUUUGGUCUAAAAGCAGUCCUCCUCUUCCUCAGUAGUCUAUGUGUGGUUAUGGUUGUGAUGGUGUAAAUAUUGUCCUGUGCCACUGAGGGCACAGAGGGAGGGGCGUGUAUAGUGUCAGUAGGGAGUGGUGAAGGUGAGUGUAAAUGAGGUGCAGAGGGCAUGUGUGCAGACAGUCAGGAGGUGGUUGUGCAGGACCGGAGCGUCAAUAUUUACUGAUAAAAGCCUUGACCCCUCCUGGUUCGGGUGAAGGCUGUCUGAUUUAAAAAGGUGGGGUCUGUUUAAAAAAGCAAUAACAUUGUCCACAUAUGGGAUACUUCUCCCCAGACAGAAGCCCUUGAGCCACAGGUGCAGCUGGCGGAGGCGACUGGUGGUGACAUCGCCAUAACGCGGCGGGGGAAGUGGGCCGGAUAUUACAAGUCACUUCCCUGUAUCCAGCAUGUGGUCCACCAUGGAUAUGAAGUCGCGCUUGAGGGUCUCAGACUGCUGGUCUUUGAUAUCGCCGAUCCCGGCAUCCAGAACCAGCGUAGAGGCUGAGCUGUGCUGAGCACACAUCUCGAGGACAGAGGACUCAACCUCCUUGAUGCAGGCACCAAGGCGGCAGAAGGUCCACCGUGUACCUUCACAUGCCUGACCAUCGAGGUCCCAACGACCAGCACGGAGGGGGAGCGCUGCUCCGCCGGCUGCCGGGAGUUGCGCCGCUGGGAGUUGCGCCGUUGGUGGGAUGGGACCGGGGGUUGGCGGCAUCAGGCCGCGGUUGUUCCCGGCCCAGAUGGAGAGGAGGGGCCAGGCUGAACACACAGCCCCCGGCUCCUAGGCUGAUGAGAACCACAGCCAGCUGGGUAGACAGGACCCGGCGGCGAGCUGGGCCGCGUUUCCCCCACGGGGGGGAAAUCCUGCAGGCUGAGGGCUUAGUACCUGUCAGACAGCUGGAGUUCACAGGUGAGCUGCGGGCUGGUUCUGUGUAACCCUUCUGCUACCUGCCACAGACUGCCAGGGCUGAUGCCGCGGAGUAGAGCUGAGUGCUCUGUGCCUCGGGUUUGGUGUAAAAUCCAGUGCUGUAACAGGCAGGAGGUUGGGCUUAGCACCCAGCGAGUGCCAGUGGUCGUCGCGUUGACCGGGGGACCUGCGCCCAGUGUGGUCACAGAGUCUAGGAGUUUUUCCUCAUCCCGGAUCCAAUAAAGGUUGGAAAUAAGGCGCUCCAGUUCAACAAUUGACUGAGAUUGUUGUAGGCAAUCAUCGCACCUGUAUGGAGGGGUAGGUGGAGCUGCGGUGGAGGCAGUCAUAGCGCUUCACCAAGCGAAAUGAGCUAACAGGCAGCCCAGCAGGCAACGGGGUAAAACUCUUAAAAUCCCCGUCCGAUUGUUGAAAUCGUUGCUCUGAUGAAGAGUGUACUCUGAUUGGCCUCUGGCCUCUGAUUAUUAUGGCUAGUUAGUAAGACUUAAGAUAUCCUUUGUUAAGAAGAAAUACUAAAUAUCCUCUGUAUGUCCUAAACUGUAUUUUUUUCAGCUUAGGACAGAGUUCCAUUCAGUAAAUGAUUACUAUCAGUGGUUCAGCAGUUGAGGAGUGGUUCAAGAGCACACAGCGUUUUCAGCACAGUGUGGUUUUAAAAGAGCAAAACUUAAAAAUAAACUAUGGCCUGGCAGAUUAAAGGUUACUGAAAACAACAGCUACAAGAAACUAUUUCACACUAACCCAAGAUAUCCAAAACCUACUCAGCUUGUGGACAUAAAAGUCACAUGUAUUGUUGUUCAAUAAUAUAUGACUGAAUAGUUAAAAUGUAAAAAUCAUAUCCAUUUAAAUUCCAGCUGUAAAUUCAGGUCAGUGGAUGUGGAUUAAGAGAGAUAAUGUCAGAACAUCUGACCUUAAACCAAUGACCUGAGGAGUGGACCAGAGGUGUAUUUCAUUGGUGUUGGACUGGCUGGCAGGUGGAUACUAAAGCUGUAGCUUAAGAAGAAGAAUAAGAAGAACUUUAAUGAUCCCCAAAGGGAAAUUUAAUAAAGUAAAAGAGUAAGGUAAAGAGGAAAGUAAGAAAGUAAGUAAAGAGAAAUGUGUUUACAGUAAAAAUCAAAAGCAUUGACUCAGAGCAGACUAACAACUUUAACUCCAGUGAAAAGAAGACAAGAGUGUCACAGGGUCAACUCAUGACAAAUUCUCAGCAAAGAUGCUCUUUGAAAAUAGUGGACAUCAGGGUGGAGCCUUGACUUUUCACAUAAGGUACAUUUUUCUGAAAUAUCUGACUUUAACCAUUAGAAAAACAGAAACUUAAGAGUAAAGCUCAUCUUAAUUAUCCUCUGCUGUUCAAUUAGUCUGUAUAAAUGCAAUAAAAAAACAACUUAAAAACUCUUAAAUUUUCACAGAAAGAAAGCAGUCAGUGAGAGCUGAAGGAUCAGCACAAUGUGAUCUGAGGUGGCAAACAGCCAGAAGUUUGUGACCCACCAACCCAGACAAGGAAACAACAGCAGGCUGUUGGUCUGUUAAGCCUGUUUGUUGAAAAUUGCUUGUCUUUCUUCUGUUGUCACAGUAAGAAUUUAAAAAUGACAAUAAAUUCUUUGAGGAGAAAACACUUCCUACAUUCAUGGUUAGAGUCAACUCUUCCUGUUCAGAAAGCUGUGAUUCAGAUGGCACUAACUGCAGUCUUGGACCCCAUACCACCUCUGUGUGUUGUUUGGCAGCCUAGAAUUCUGUUCUUAUGACUACCUCUGCAUCUAAGCAAAAUAACACAUUAAUCCCUCAUAUUAUUAUCUAUUUUAUUCUACCUGGGAAAAAUUCCUUUGACCUUAACUUCAGCAACAUAGACUGUAUAUACUGUGGACAGCUUGGCUCUGCCAUCAUUAUACAAAUUUGAAGCCGAAUUGCUCUCAGUAUUUCCAGGAUUUUCUUCACUUCCUGGAACCACCACUUGCGCAGUAGCAUUGUAAGCAGAGUCACCGAGAGUCACUGAGAGUUGCCGAGAGGUAUAGAAUAACCGACUGCAAAGCACUCCUUCUCCUUUUCUCCUGACAUACGUAGAUCACCCAUUCUUGAGAGUCGGGACAAAACAUGUCCUACAUAGAAAAGUCUAAUUUAUUCAAAACAAUUAAGAAAUUCCAAAUGUUUGACAUACUCAAAAAGUUAAAUCUAACAGAUUUGUGCAUCCCAAUCCUAUUUUUUAGCACAGAUAUUUACUUUUCUGGGGGAUAUUUGUUUAAAUGAAUCGUCUGUGGUUAGAAGGUCCAUGUUAUUGCUUGUGUCCUCAGCAAGAGGUAACAACAUUGACCAGCCCCAAAAAACUUUAAAAAACUCUAUAAUUGUGAAAACAUAUUCAUCAAAUAAAAAUUCAGGACUAUAAAUAUAUAAAACAAUGCAUGGCCUGAACAUCAAAUAACUUUUUGCCUAAAAAUCUGCCUAUCAAAGUUGUGUCCUCAGUUUCUGUCAACUCCAUCAGAUUAUUCUAUAAACCUCAUUAUAUCAUGCAAUAUCAUAGUCAGAUAAUUCCCUGAGCACCCCUUUUCAUUUCCUGCUUCUGGUGAAUGUAACACCACCACACAUGGUCUGGUAAGUUUUACAGUUUUUGAUAUUUUAGACAAACAAUGUCAAUAUUUGUAUGGUCACAGCUGGACCAUGUCAACACCGUCUCUCCGUUAUUAUACUUUUUUUUAAACCAUAGUGAGUUCAAUUAAAGUAUUAUAGUGAGAUUAUCAGGACAGCUAGCAACUGCCAAAAAAGUAGCUAGCUGCACUGUACAAUAAAUGUUUUGGAGGGAAAAUACAUGCCCUUAUGUCAACUCCGUCAGACAUCAACUCCGUCAGAUUUUGUGUCUGACGGAGUUGACAUGUAAGCUGAUGGAGUUGACAAAUCCACCUAUAACCUCUUAAUGUGCUGACAUUAUGCUAUUAUUGAACAUGGUUAAGGAAAACAAUGUUAUUCCAGGGUCUUAUCUGCACAUAAAAGUACAUACAGUAUAUAGCAUAUAUUACAUUAUUUUACCAUAUACUUCUGACUUGUAGAGUAGACCAUGGGCAGGCUGUGUGCUUAAUUAUAACUUUAAAACUUUCCCAACACACACACACACACACACACACACACACACACCUUAUAUCAUUGAUUGAUUGAUUAAUGUACAUUCGUAAAGGUGCAGUGUGUAGUUUUCACUACCGAAAAUCUACACACUGGCUUCUUAUAGAGUGCACAAGAAGUUCUAUGUUGCUCUUUUAAACCCCAGUGUAGGUGGGAUACCAGUUAGAAGAAAAAGGUUAUUGUUUUUAUAUUGUUAACUUGGACCAUCAGACCUUGGGCUCUAUUUUCGUGUCCGCCGGCGACAUGGCGGAGGGUGGCGAACCCCGCGCAGUGGCAUUUUUUGUCUGUCAGAGCUUGGCGUACAGCCAGUUUGGUAUUUUCUUGGACUGAGGUGCACGGAGGUCCGCCAAGCUGGGCGUGGAUGUGUGGCAGGGUGAGGUGUCCACAGAAUCAGCUGGCGCAGUGACAUUUUCGUGCUCGCUGCCAGCGUGUAAAGGGCGCUGAAAGCUUGCCGAUUCAAACCUGGUCAGCUUUCAGCGCAGGUGGAGCCGGAUAGGCUAGUGGUAUUUUGGGAGACCAGCGGCAUAUCGGCCUGACGAGUAGGUUUCCACAGUGUCAGGAACAUUUCCGUGCAAUAAAUAAUCAAUCACAACUAAUAAUCUGAGUUAGCACGUACAUUUAGAUCUAUAUAGAUAUAUUCUGAUCUAUAUCUGAUCUGAUGAGCGCAUUUGGCACGCGUUUGGACACACAACCUGACCGAAUCAACAAAGCUGAAACCACAUUAAAUUAAUUAUCUAGUAAAUAGACACACAUGAUGAAGUUAACAAGAUAUUUAAUUUGUCUCCCCCCAUUUUUAUCUUCCUCUUUCUCUUAUUUCUUGCGCAGCUCGACCUGGACACGUCUCCGUGUCCUCUCUACGUCCUGCUGCAGCUGCUGAUGCGGCGGCUGAACAGAUGAUUUGUUUCAGUGAUCAGAUGAGUUUUUUACUUUAAGCGGAUAUACGGAUAUUAUAAUAUUCAGUUUUGUGAGCCAGGCCACGGAGCGCAAUUUACACACAGAUGGUUUUGAAUUUAAUGCCAUUAUUGGAAUUUAUGUUGUGAUCUCUGUGCACAACCCACCUUUGUCACGUGAGGUUUGAAUAUGUGCAACUUUAUGUGAGUGUCUUUAUUUGUGGAAAGGGUGUUUGUCUUACAAGUGGGUCCAACAUUACACACACCAAAUCCAUCUGUGCUCCUAUGAGACAGUGUGAAGGACGCCCUGUGCAGCGUUUACAGUGACACUUGUUGAGGGGCUGCCUUCUGUCGCCAUUGUGUGGCAUUACUGUCUUCAGACAUCUCUUGAUCUCUUUGACUACUUCACGAAAAUAGUAAUACGCCUCGCCAGUGGCAGAUUUAAGGGGUUUUCUGUGGGUUUUAUGAAGGAGGACGUCCAGCAUUCAGUCUGAUUCAUCUAAAGGUCAAAGGUGAGAUCGAUUCAAUCCUUUUUUUGCAGUAAUUUGUUCUUUUUUUUAAUGGGUAAAUGUCUGGAACCAACAUCAAUAAAACAGGUGACACUUUUGGUUCAAUUAAAUAAAACCAAAGUUGUUGUUUGUUUGUUUGUUUGUUUUCUAACAGGCAGCAGUGGGGCUCAUGAUGACGAAGUGUGGACUAGUAUGAUUUUUUAUACGAGAUAAUAAUGUUUGAGGGGUUUUUCUGUAGAGGAGACAGAUACAGCAGCUGCAUCAAUGAGUGUGAUUCUGGGUGUUGUGACUGUUCUCCUCUUAAUCAUCAACAUCAGUUUGGCUGUUUCUGUGAGGAAACUUCAGACAGGUAUACUACAGGCCAAAAAUUUGGAAGCAAGAUCAGAUUUGUACAAAAAGAGAUCAUAGUUUCAUAUAUGUAAUUUGCAACACGAUAAACAUGACUAUUGUGUAAAGAGUAACUUAUCAGAAGACAUUUUGACUAUUAGGUAUUUGAGUUAUUGUUGCUUUGACAACAGCUUGGCAUAUACCAGGCAUUCGUCCCACAAGUUUUUUAAGGUAUGUUCCAGGGAUUUCAUUCCAACAUUUCUUAAGUUCAUUAAAAAGAGACUGCUGAUUCAUGGGAUGCGUUUGUCUGACCAAUCAAUGCAAUUCAUCCCGCACGAGCUCAAUUGGAGAAAGGUCUGGAGACUGAGGGGGCCAAACCAUCUUUUGAAGACAGGUAACCCAGACAGAGCCUGACAGAGUGCUUAGGGUCAUUGUCUUGCUGCAAAACAAACUUAUGAGCCACAAGUCUGAGUCCAGAUGGAACAGCAUGGUGCUGGAGGGUGGAGUGGUACUGUUCCUUCUUCAUGAUACCCUUUACUUCAAACAAAUCUCCUACUCCAUCACCUGCAAAACAUCCACAUACCAUGGAACUACCACCUCCAUGCUGAAUUGUGGGUGUAACACAUGGUGCUUUCAGACGCUCACCAGUUUGUCUGCAGACAUAGACUCUGCGUUUUGAACCAAACAGUGCAAACUUCCUUUCAUCAGUCCAGAGAACUUGUUUCCAGUCAUCAUAGGUCCAAUUAUUUUUUUUUUUUUUGCAGAUACACAACCCUUCAGACCAGCCUUUCUCAAAUGUCAUUUCACGGUUGUCAGAGAUAUGGGCUUCGACCUUGUCAUGUUGAUUUCCUCCCUUAUUUUUGGUGCUGUCUUUUGUCGAUCUCUCUUACUGGUGACAAUGAUAUGUUUAUCCUCUGCUUUUGUAGUAACUCUCUUUCUUCCAGGUCUUUUUCUACCAUCAUAACCUCCAGGUUCCUCUAGUCUCUUCAGAGUGUAGUGGACUCCUUCGUUAAACACCUUUAGGCGUUUUGCAGUUUCUCUUUCUGUGUAUCCUUCUUUCCUCAAUGUACAAAUCUGUACUUUUGUUUCUUUACUCAGUUGCUUCUUUCUAGCCAUUUUUGCAGUAGUUUGAACACAGUUGAGAUUUAUUAGGAUUUUUGUAUGCAGACUCUCAAAAGCCAAAAAGUUGAAGUGAAUAAUCCAACUGUGAUUUGUUUUUUUGCUUUUGCACUGAAGUUGUGACUCUUGCAAAUGUUUUCAGCCCUAAAACUAAGCCCUUAUUAUCUUUUGCUGACAUAUAUUUAGCAAUGGUCUGUUAACAUCAAUGUAUAUCUAAAGGUAAAUGGAGUAAAAUGGUGCAUUUCCAUGAAAGCAACAUCUGAUCAUGGAAUAAAUACAUCCCAAAAUACAUGCAACUCAUACUGGAUUUUAAAAAAAGUAUUGUGAACAAAAACUUGACGUUAGUCCCAACUGUUCAGCCAUUUUGCCUUGCUUCCAAACUUUUGGCCUGUAGUGUACUUCCGAACUUAGCUUGUGUCCAGUGUUGCGGGAAAUUCUGCCUUAAACACAGCCAGUAUGACGAUUACCUUCAAAGGUCCUAAGUUGACUGAUUUGACUUGUCUCAUUCUUUAGCUGCUGAGGAAGAGGAGGACUCUCAGCAGUAUGAGGUAAAUCAAGAUAAUUGUUAACUUAGAACAAUUAACUUUGUCAGUGAUGUUCAAAUCAUUUUAGACAUUUCAGUUUUUUUUUCAGCUUGCAGAACCCCGGCCCGCGGCAGCCCGUCCGCCGGCUCGGAGUUGUCGGCCAGGACAAGCGGCAUCAGGGCCACCCCGGCCCCCGGCCCCCGGCCCCCGGCCCCACACCAGCACCAGCACCAGCGCGCCGACAAGCGGUGGAGCGUCCACCAGCCGCAGCGCUUCUGCUGGACCACCCGAACACAGUGGAAGGGUCCUCACGCAGGCCUUGAGUGUCUGGUGGAAAAAAUAAAUUAAUUUGGCUCAUUGAACUGUGUAUUCACUUCUUACCCAUUCACACUGUGGCAAUGAGAUUCUUCCGCGCGAGGACCCCCCCCCCCCCCCCCCCACACACACACACACACACACACACACACACAUUAGCUUCUUAAAGGGGGAGAAAAUUAUUUCAUAUUUUAACAAAAACACGAGUAUUGGAUCAUGAAAACAUGUGAGCAUCAAACUUAGGUUUUGUUUUUAUGUGUCUCAAAAAUGCACAAACAGAGGUGUACUUGGGUGUAUAAACAGUAGAGUUAGCUGUCAUGGUAGAGAACAUUGUCUUUUGGGGACAGCAAAUAUUACAAAUCAGAGGGUGAUUGUUUUCGACUUAUCUGAAUAGCCUGAAUUAAAUUAUUAAAGGCACACGUUUUUGAAUGCAUCCAACGGUAAGGAAAACUUGAAAUAUUUAGCCUUUUUAAGUACUUUCAACCGCGCUACCGUUAGGGGUGCAUUCUUCGGCAGGGGUGCAUUCUACGGCACAACACCGGCAGGGAUCAGCUUGCAUCCCUCCGUCUGCUGCUGGUUCGUCAUGUGGGGCGACGUGCUGCUCGGCCACGGGGAUGUGGUGCACGCUUGUCACAUAGUGAGUCACCAAACACCGCCACACAGCGUCGGCAAAGUGCCGUCAACGCAAGUAACGGCUCAACGCCAACUUCUACACCACCUCCUCACUUUGCGUGGAUUUGCGCUGGAACCAACGCUCAUGUCACGAUGAUAAAUCUAGACGUGUGCGCCGAUCUUGGCGAACGCAAGGUUCUCUGGCGCCGCCAGCGUUGAUACAUGAGGCCCCUGAUCACAGAGACACGUGGAGACUCAUGUUUUUUACACCGGUUGAAAAAAGAUUUGGGGUGUUUCAAAGUAGAACUGAAGAUUUUACAUGUUGCAUGUUACUUAUGUGUCAUUCUCAUCUCUUCACUUCAGAUAGAGUCUCAGGGUGUGACAAAGCUGUGGCCUUAACCUCUUGAUGCACAAGUCCUUCAAAUGUGCAUUUUCUUAGCGUCCAUCAGGGGGAACUCUACUGGCUAUAACCAGAAGUGUGUUAUCACCGACUUGAUUUAAUAAAGAAAUAAAUCUCCACAUGUUGAUUAGUUUAAGUCUUUUUACUAGAGCAUAAUGUCCUUUUUAAUUGUAUGUGCCAGAUUUGAAAUAAGUUUCAACCACAGCCCCUGAGCAGCAUCUCAUCCUAUUUUUAAUCUUGGGUUUUCAUCUUGAUAUAAUUUCUUUGCUGAUUUAGCUGCUAAAUUCCAAACAACACCUGUCACCUAUCUAAAGCAGUGAUUCAUGUAUUGAAAACAGCUUUAAAGAAAUAAUCAUUCUUCCUAUGGGCUGUCUUGUUUACUUUUUGAAUCAUAAAGAAAUAUCAGUGUUAACCUCAGUCUGUUUAUCAGCGAGCUAAAAUCUCUCACAGGAGCUUUAAAAGCUGCUUCUUAGCACAACUUUCCAUUUCUGUUGCUUUGAAUGACUGAUUCAUCUCAUACUGCUAAAUCAUGUUAUUUGUUUGAUAUGUUGGAUGAAUGAGUUUAAUGCAUUUCUUUUUGCUCACUGUAUGUGUUUCAAGACAAUAAAACAAGUUCAAGAAUAAAAGGACAACUAUUGAAUUCAUGUUGCUUGACAGAAAGUCAGGGGGUUUGGACUCUGGUGACGGAUCUAAGCAGCCGAAAAAUCCCCCCUUGAAGUCCUGACACUGAUGGAUGCUGCUGACUUGGUUGGACCACAUGCAUGAGGAAUGUAAAAUGCAAAGACCAAGUGAAGAUAAGAAGUGAGCUAGUGAUGUGGUGCUUUUAAUAGGGUAACUGAUUCAAAGAGCUGUCUCCAAAGUGGCUGGUUCUUUUUUAAAGCAAAGUCACAAAUAUAGAUAAUGCUUGGCAGAAAGCAUGAUUUUAAAAAAACGUCUGUUUGCAGAUGUCACUUCAGAAAUAGAAAUAACUGCUGCAAGGCAUCAUACCUGACCUCAAAAUGCUGAACUGAUACUGACAGAAAUUUGGUGUGCAAUGCAUCAUCUGUUCUUUCACACCUCAUGCACUUGUCAGUAAGCCUCUGCUAAAGUUCAUGUUCGUGGAAAAGAUUUAAAAAAGGUGUAAUCUAACUCAAAGUUAAGAGAGCAGAUUGUGGUUGCUCCUCAGACCAACAAAAACCUGUUGGUCUGGUCAUUUGAUCUGAACUUGAGAUAGCCGAAUGCUUGUGACUGUACUUCUUUUCUCUGUUUCUCAUGUUGAGAGUUGUGAGAACUCCACGCCUCAUUUCUUUUGAUUUCCCGUUUUUUCUUUAGUGUCCAGUUCAAACUUUCUGACAAAUCAGAGUUUCAGACGUGCACACAGAGAUGAGCUCAUCCUUGCUAAUAGCUUUUCUUCUCUACAGUCUCAGUAAUUUGUAAAUUAUUUACAGGAUCGUUGAUAUGAAGAUGAUUGAAUGCCUUAAUUGCAACAUUUUUACCUCCUUCUCACUUGCUAACUUAAAUGAGGAGAUGUGUUUUAUUAUCAUGUUACUUGCUAAGAAGUUGAUAUCUUGGUUUGUCAUCUGUUUGUUUCAGACUGGCUCUCUGUGUCAGGCUCUGAGUCUCAGACUGUAGAGGUCCAGGCUGGUGAAGACGUCACUCUGAUGUGCAUGAACAUGAGCAAAACUGAUGUUGAAACAUUCUGGUUCAGAGCUGUCAAGAGAACAAAGAUCAGCUGUAUCUCUGUUUUGUUACUGUCUUCCAAAGAAACAAAGUUUUGUGAUGGACACAAUCAAAGUAAAUUUAUUAUGUGGUCCAACAUCUCAACUCUGUUCCUCAAAAUCAAGUCCGUAGGACUGGAUGACUCUGGACUUUAUUUCUUUCAUUCAUUAGCUUUGUAUGUACUUAUUAACUGUGUAUUGUUUUUGCUUUUUGCUUUUACUGUAAAGCGCUUUGUGACCUUUGUCUGUGAAAGGCGCUGUAUAAAUAAAGUUUACUUACUUACUUACAAUGUCCAUCUUUCAGUCUGAUUCAUCUAGAGGUCAAUGGUAAGGUGUUUUGUAUCUUUUUCUGUAUUUUAUCUCAUUAAUUCAUGGUUAUUGUUGUGUAACAAUAUCUGUAAACAUCUUGAAACAACAUCUUCCAUGUAAUUAGUGGCUUUUACAUUUUCGAUUUGAAUCACUUGGAAUGCAAUGAAGGUUUCUCUCUUUCUUAAAAGGGCAGGGAUGAGACUUAUGAAGACGACGCGGGCAGCGAGAUGUUUUUUUUAAGUUUGUUUUAUGUAGCUUCUUAAAACAACAUCCCUGUGUAAUAUGAGGAUUUUAUAUUUUAGAUAUGACUCAUUUAAAAUGAAUCAGGACCUAAGGUUUUUCCAUAUUUGAAAUGCAGGAGAUUCAAUUCGGCAUAAAAAGAAGGCAUGGGCUUCAAGAUUUUAAGUAAGAUCUUUCUCAGGACUUCUUUGGUUGAGACUUCUAUUUGUUUAAAGGGGACCUGCCAAAUUUCAUACCCAUUUUUAUCAUUUUUUCAUAAUCCUUCAUGUCCUCUGAUCAUGUUUGCAACAUAAUUUUAGCGGAAAAGUUAUUUGAUGGUUUGUUUUAGUAUGCCUAAAAAACCUUACAGGAAAACCAACUGAUUUUGGCUCAUUAACAUUUAUGGUAAUGAACUUUGCUCUGAUUGGAUCGCUGCUGUGAAGCCUGCUGUGCUCUGAUUGGCUCAGCAGUGGAGGUUGGGAUUUCGGUUUAUCCAUUUUGCUAAUGUGUGCUAAAGUAAGGUGCCCAGAUGUCUGUAAUGAUGUCCGGGGAUAUUUGGUGCGGCGGCGGUGGCGGGGAGGGUGCAGAGGGUGCAGGGGCUGCAGGGGCUGUGUGAUCACAGACAAAAUCUCGGUACUAUUUAGUAGCAGUGCAUGCCCCUUGUAAUAACCCCCGUAAGAACUGUUGUUCAGGACUGCUUACUUGUGCUUCCUACCCAUUCGGCUACUGUAAUAACCAUUGUUCGAGCCCACAGGCAACAUUUUUGCUCUCAUUCAUGAAACGCUUAAAUCGGGGACAUUUUCAGGGACAGCUUUUGCCGGGGACAGGUCAUCCAAUACGGGGACUGUCCCUGGAAAUCAGGGACGUCUGGUCACCUUAUGCUAAAGGCUAAAAAUGGCAGGUAUUAAACCAUAUAUUUUAGACCCUGAGUCUGAAGAGGAGUGGAAGUUGAAGAAGAAGCCGGAGAUCUCCAGCGGUGUUUUCGCAUUCAUUCUGCCCAGCUUUAAGUUCAUUUUCACGGCAGUGAACCCAAGGAAACACCGGUCGUUUGGAAGAGACCCAUAGCGGUUACAGUGGUAGCUGGGUCUCACUCUGGCUGGAGAGUGAUGUUGACUGAGAAUGAGCACGAGAAUGAGAGAGUGGGCGCGGCUUUUGCGCUUUCAUACUUUUAAAGUCUUUUAAGAUAGCAGAAUCAUUUCAAAUCAGUUUAUUUUAUUUUUCUCACUCAAUCAUCUGUUUAUUGUGUUUGUCCCUACAGAAUGAUUCAUGUAAAAUGCAGCACUGAAGGAAAGGACCAGACCAGAGAGAGAAAGAGAUUCAUGUUAUUACACAGCUGCUGAGUAGACUCAACCUGUUUCAGGAUUCAACUGAUGCUUUUAUCAAGUAUUAUGUAGUCUAUGUCCCAUUUGUUAUUUUCCAUAUAUACAUGUGUACAUAUAUCACAGUAUAUAGCAGUUGUUCCUGCUCACAGCUAGUUUAGAUCAAAUUUAACUUAUUAUGUUGUGACAGGAAUCAGUGGAAGUGGAUAGUAGACUGAUCUUGUCCAAGCAACCUCAUUAUUUUAUAUAACACAUAUUACAUAUAAUUCUUUACUUUCCAAUCAGAGGUUUUUUAGCUCAUACAGACGACAAGUGUACCUAAGACUGUCUGGCUGUUCAUAAUAUGUCAGCCACUUUGACUUUUUGUAAAUAUGUUUACAUGUUCAAAAUAAAAGAACAAUAACAGCAGCACUUCUUUCUGCAGGAGUGGAGUAAAUGAGGAACAACACUUUGUUUGACAUGAAGUGAUAGCAGUGUGAAAAGAGGUGAUGAACCUCCAAUUUGACUUUAUUUGUAGAAAGAAAAACACUCCGGUGUCACAGUGAGUGUUCAUAAAGCUGAGAGUAAAUUUCUUAAAGGAGGAAAUACUUCAUAAAGUCCUAAGUAGACCCUCUUCCUCCUAUUGUUGGCAUUUGUUAAGUUGUGGGUGAAAUGAUAUUGUCAGUCCAGACCCCCUCAGACCAUCUCUAUAUGAGGCUAUAGCUGUAGUCAAAGCCGUUAGAUCACUAGUGAUCUAUCUGUGCUUUAGCAUGCAAUUAAAGAUCUAUUAACUGUUAAAUCCUGGAGUGAUGAAUACAAAUUGUGGUUUUGUAAAUGGAGUCAGUGUGAAGAUAUCCUAGACCUGCAUUUUCUGUAAUUACCAGCAGGGGGAACUGUUUUUCAAAUGAAGCGUAUACUUGUCAUGCAGAAAAAAAUGACCUUUCCCUUCAAUUCCUGUAUUAUGAAAUAAAACCCUUGAAACCUUUUGUCUUUUCUUCCAGUAUGAAAUGUUAGUUAAGGAGUUUGAGUACAUUAUAAACUGAAAGUACAAACUUUUCUUUUGAUAAACUAUUGCACACAUUGUAAUAUUUAAUGUUAAAUUAAUCUACAUUAGCAAAAUUCUAACCUUAUUUUCCUUUUUUUAAAUGAUUAUUAUAAUUUUUUAAAAUUGACUCAUCAAAACUUAGUUUUUAGAAGAAACAGUGAACUUUACCAUGUGGUCCAACAUCUCAAACCUGUUCCUCAAAAUCCAGUCAGUUAGAUCAGAAGACUUUUCACAAAACUUUAUUUCUGUUGAUUUUAUGGAGAAUGUCCAGCUUUCAGUUUUAUAUAUCUAAAGAUAAGCAGUAAUUGUCGAACCUAACUUAAUCAACCUUACGUCUACUUCAAAUGUUGAAUUUUUUUCAUCUAAGAUAUCAUAACCCUGCACUCACAUACCAAAAUCUACAUCAGGUAUACAGUAUAUCACUGAUAGUUUUUGAUCGAUAUUGUUGUGAUAUCUAUCCUGCAUGAGAGUCUCUACUCAGCAUCAGCUCUAAACAGACAGUCUGGAUCAGAGAGGGAUGUGGAGACUCAGGUUAUUUACACUGCUGGGACAAAGCGCUCUCAAUGGCUUUGAUGUGUCUCACCUCUGUCCUCAGCUAGUGAUAGAUAUCUCACCCUGCUGUCUUUUAACCGUAGAGCCUUACAAGAAUCUUUGCCACAGAAAAUGAGGAAGUGAUUAUCAGCAGCUUGCAGUUUAACCCUUGGCCUGUCACCUUCAACUUAGCGGUGGUUUCACAUAUUCAGAAUAACUGUAUAAAAAAAUAAAAAUAAUCCUUCUUAUCAACCGUUUUGUUUGCUUAUUCAGGGCAUAAAAUACCAGUGUCCAUUUCUGAUCUAAAGCCAGAUAAAAACUCUUACAGGAGCUUUAAAAUACAAUUUUUAACCCAUGUUUUUGUGUCUGUUGCUUUGAGUUGCCAGGUCACUCAGCAUCAGAACUAGUUUAAUAAAUCAGGGUUGCUUUCAAGGUCAGACCUCUGGGUCAAACAUGGUCACAACAAAACUAAACUGGUGGUAUUGAGAACAGUAAACUCAAGAUACACCAUAUAAUGCUGCUGUAAUUUUAAUGACCCCUGAUGUUUCAGGGUGCUUCUCGUGCUGGUAAAUCUUUUCAGCUGUUUUUGAUAUGUUUCACAUUAAAUAAUCAAUUUUUGACAACCUCACCUGUGGACUAUUUCAGCACCAUCACAGUAUUCACCCACACUUUUCAGACAUACAAUACAAUUUUAUUUGUAGAGCACAUUUUAAAAGAACCGAGAUGACCAAAGUGCUUUACAUAGACAUUAAAAAACAAACAAAAUUAACACUCAGUGAAAUAAAAGAGCGGACCAGGUAAAAGAGAUUAAAAAGUAAUCAAUAAACAGACAAUAUGUGAUUAGGUUGUGUUAAAAGUCAAAGAAUAAAAGUGUGUUUUGAGACUUGAUUUUAAAAUAGCUAGAAUGGGGGCUUGUUUCACAUGAGGGGGAAAGAAAUUCCAUAGUCUGGGGCCAGCGACAGAAAACGCACAGUCCCAUCUGCCCUUGAGUUGUGUUUGAGGGAUUUCAAGGAGCAAUUUGUCUGUGGAUCUGAGGGACCGAGAGGGGACAUAUGGCUUUAAAAGUUAAGUCAAACAAAAAGGCCCAUUAAGCACUUUAAAAACAAACAUUGAGAUCUUAAAAUCAACUCUAAAAUGUGCCAAGACUGGAGUUAUAUGGUCACAUUUGCGUGUACAAACAGACAUGACUGAUUCAUGCUAAAUCAUGUUAAUUGUUGGAUAUGUUGGAUUGAAUGAGUUUAAUGCAUUUCUUUUUGCUUGCUGUAUGUGUUUGUGGCCUUCUGCUUCUGCUUUGUUACCUCCUAAAUAUCCUAAAUUCCUGAUAUCAGUUCAAUCUGGAGAGAAAAGUUCAAGAAUGAAAGGACAAUUAUUGAAUUAAUGUUGCAUGACAGAAAGUCUUGGCGUUUGGACUCUGUGGGGAGAUUUUAGAAAUUGUAUGGUGACUGAUCUAAGCAGUGGGAAAAUCCCCCCUUUAAAUCCUGACACUGGUGGUGGCUGAGGACUCAGUUGGAGCAGAUGCAUGAUGAAUGUAAAAUGCAAAGACCAAGUGGAGAUGAGAAAGUGAGCUGGUGGUGUGGUGCUUUUAAUAGGGUGACUGAUUCGGAGAGCUGGUUCUUUCUAAAGCGGAGUCACAGAUAUAAAUAUUGCUUGGGUUGAAAGCAUAAUUUAAAAAAACGUCUGUUUGCAGAUGUCACUUCAGAAAUAGAAAUAUCUUCCUGACCUCAAAAUGUUGAACUGAUACUGACAGCAAUUUAGCGUGCAACACAUUAUCUGUUCUUUUACAUCCCAUGCACUUGUCAGUUGUGUCGUGUUGACUGUAAAAAAAAAAAAUGUGUAAUCUAACUCAAAGAUGAGAAAGCUGAUAGUGGUUGCUCCUCUGACCAACAGAAACUGCUCUGAAGUCCGAGGACAGUGGCGCAGUACUUCCUGUUAUUUAUGGGUGCAUUUGUGAGAGGGUAAAAGGGGCAUUACAGUUGGAAAUGUGUUCUUUGACUUUCACGCACAAAUUUAAACUCAAAAUAAGAUAUCUGUAUUUUGCAAAUCAAGUAAAAAUUGAGUGUAUAUGGGGUCAGAGAGCUGGAAGAUUCAAGAGUUUUUCCACCCUCUUUACGUCAUGAUACUGCUCUCAUGCCAUCUCCUCAUAACCUUCAGCCCUGCAUGGCCCUAAAGCUUUAACCUCUUUUAAAGAAGAGCAGUGGCUGAGUGAAUGAGGAACAAACAAAACCAUGUGGUCUGAGGCGGCAAAUGGUACAAGACCUGUGAACAAUAAACCCAGAGUAGGUAAACAAAACUGACUGUUUGAGUCUCUUUUUACUUGAUUGGUAAAAAAUGUCAAAAGCUUUCAAAACACACAGAAUACAAAAUUAAAGCAAGUGCUUGUCUGAACCCUGUUGUCACAGUAAGUGUUUGUAGAGAUAACAGGAAACUUAAAAGGGAAGGUACUAUCUAAAUUCAAGGUUCGACCUCAUCUUCUUUUUCUAAACCUAUAUUUGACUGGAGUUGAGGUAGCAGUGUCUGCAGCCCCCAAACCCCAGACCACCUCCUUGUGUGCCCAGCAGUGAUGGUUCUCAUGCUGGAUUGUGUGGUCUGACUUGGCGACAGAAUAGUUAUCACUGAUAAACCAGGAACAUUCUCGACUGUGAACUGAGACAUCUCAUCGUUAUAAUACUCCCUCCUGUAUGAUCACAGAUGUCAAAGGGGACAAAAACAAUUGUAAUCCAUGACAGUUCACCACAAAGUUUUUAUCAUGAUCCAAUUCUUGUUUUUCUUGUUCAUUAACUACUUAAUGACUCCUGUGAUUUCAUAACUGUAUUUUAUUAUAAACUUCAUUUGACCUCAACUUCAGACAGCUGAAUGCUUAUGACUGUACUUCUUUUUCUGUCUGUUUCUCACGUUGACUGUGAGAACUCCACGCCUCAUUUCUUUUGAUUUCCCUUUUUUCUUUUUUGGUGUCCAGUUCAAACUUUCUGACAAAUCAGAGUUUCAGACAUGCACACAGAGAUGAGCUCGUCCUUGAUAACAGCUUUUCUUCUCUACAGUCUCAGUAAGUUUUAGAUUACUUCAGCGUCGUUGAUAUGAUGAUGAUUGAAUGUCUUUAUCGCAACAUUUUCACCUCCUUCUCAUUUGCUAACUUGAGUAAGGAGAUGUGUUUUAUGAUCAUGUUAUUUACUAAUAAGUUUAUAUCUUGGUUUCUCAUGUUUUUUUAGGCUGGCUCUCAGGCUCUGAGUCUCUGGAGGUCAAGGCUGGUGAAGACGUCACUCUGAUGUGCAUGAACAUGAGCAAAACUGAUGUUGUAACAUUCUGGUUCAGAGUUGUCAAGAGAACAAAGAUCGGCUGUAUCUCUGUUAUGAUCAGAUCCAACAGCAAUCCAACAUUUUGUGAUGGACACAAUCAAAGUAAAUUUAACAUGUCGUCCAACAUCUCAACCCUGUCCCUCGAAAUCAAGUCCGUAGGACUGGAUGACUCUGGACUUUAUUUCUGUGGGUUUUAUGGCCAAUGUCCAUCUUUCAGUCUGAUUCAUCUAAAGGUCAAUGGUAAGGGGUUUUGUUAUCUUUUUCUGUAUUUUUAUCUCAUUAAUUCAUGGUUAUUUUUUGUGGAACAAUAUCAGUAAACAUCCUGAAACAACUUCUUCCAUGUAGUCAGUGGCUUUUACAUUUUAGAUUUGAAUCAGUUAAAAUACAGUUAAGGAUUUUCUCUGUGUUAAAAAGGCAGCGAUGAGACUUAUAAAGAAGACAUGGGCAGCAAGGUUUCAGGUAAGGUUUUUCUAAAACUUUGUUUACCUUCAACAUAACAAAGUGGCUUUGAAUUUAAAUUUGUUAAUAUUUAAAUAAAUUCAAGACCAGAAGAGCUUUAUAUCUUUAAAAGGCAGCGAUGAGGCACACGGGGACAAGAGCAAUAGUCUUACAUGUAAGAUUCUUUUUUUGGAUUUAUUCCUAACAUAAACAUCCAACAUCUUUAAAUACAGUUGAGGUCACAUAAUAGAAUCUGAUGGAUAUUGCUGAUAAUAAUGAUGAUGGUCUAUUUUUAAAAGGGAAAACUGAAACAGCAACACUGGUGUGUGCGAUCCUGGGUGGUGUGUCUGCUCUGCUCCUGAUGGUCAUGAUGGGUUUGUUUUUUAAAAACCGAAAACUUCGAACAGGUACUUUUUACAUUUUAUAUUCUAUUGAAGCUAUUGAAAAUUCAUUCAAUCUUAAUGUUACUUAAAGGUUGCAUUUGAUAAACUUUUUUUUUGUCAUAGCUAAUAAAGGAGGACAGAGCCUGGGACAGAGUGAGGUACAUCUACCCUGGGUUACUUGAAAGGCGCUAUAUAAAACUAAGUUUUUAUUAUUAUUAAUUUUAUUAUUAUUAUUAAUAUUAGUAGUAGUAUUAUUAUUAUUAUUAUUAUUAUUUAUUUCUGUUUUUACUUGUGUGAAAUUGAUUGAUAGAGAAAAAAUGAUAUUCACCUUGCUGAUGUCAGUUUAUGUACUAGGCACUAUGUAUUAUCUGCUUUUUAUAUAUAAAGUCAAUCCACCAAACACUCAACGUCAUUUAGAUGUCUUUUUUCAGGCUAAAUCAUGUCGGCCCAUCAUGGCUGUAAUUUAGCCCAAAAAAAGACGUUGAAAACUGGGUUUUAUUUAGACGGUCUGAAUCUAGACGUGGUUUAGACAUAUUGUGAAGACGUCUUUUCAACGUUUUUUCAAUCGCUUUUUGUUGGGUGGGAAUAAACUAAAUAAAAAAUGUAAAAAUAGGAGAGAAUAAACAUGUCCUUGAAUGUUUCUUUAAAAAAAGUCUUGGUGUUAAUAAUAUCUGUUUGCCUAAAAAUCCUUGUAUGUUGUUUUAUCAUUGGUAUGAAAGCAUGUCAUGUGUAAAACCUCUCUUCACAGACUGCGGCUGCUGAGGACCUGAACUACGCAGCUGUAAAAUUUCGACCUAAAGGAAGAAGAAGAGAGCCGGAGCCAAAUGUCAUUUAUGCCGCUACCAGAUAGAGAGAGGAGGCUACUACAGCAACUUACUGUAAAGUGUCGCUUAACAAGUGAAUGAAGAAACAAUGUUGUAUAUAGUAGUUUCAAAAUGCUUUGGGCUUUUGGUAUGUCUUAAAAGUGAGAGUAAACCAAGCUUUUAAAAGAAGUAAAGAUCAGAUGAAUGAUCUGAACUGUGAAGCUUUACUUCUCAAACUGUCUUUUCUUUUAUCUGAAGUCUAUUCAGGCAUGAAAAUCAGUACAGUGUUUUAUGUGGGAUUUACCGCUAAAGUACGUAGCCCCUGAAGGGACAUGAAGGGAAAAAAAAAAAAAGAAUUUUCUCAAGAUUUUUCGCAUGCCCUCGCAAAACUACUGUGAGAUCUUGCAAAUGUUGUCUCAGGAGUUCAUGGCCAGUGUAUUUCCUCAAAAAUAUUAGAACAUAUGCAGCCGUGGGAAAGGUUCAUUAAUUUUAUUUUGAACAAAUUUUCUGCCCACCUUGUCCUUUUGCAUGUUAGUGAUGUCCUCAUUCGAGACAUCCCUUGACCGUAGGAAUUCUUUCAAACCCUCCUUCAUGACUUGUGUUUUUUAAGUAAACAGUGCGUGUGUCACAUAACUAAUUUAAUAUCUUUUUAUCUGAGGCCAAUCUCAAAAGAAGAUGCAAUGAACCUCUCCCAGGGGUGCAUGCAUUUGGGUUCACUCAACAAGGAAGAAGUACACUGAUCUAUAAUCUUUUUACUUAUAACCCUUCGACAACUUUGUGUGCUCUUGCAAUAGUUUUGCGAGAGCACGCAAAAAGAUCUCGUGAAAAUCCUUUUUUUUUUUUUUUUCCUUCAUGUUCGUUUAGGAUCUCCAUAGUAAGGAGUAUUAUCACAAUGUGUUUAACAAUCAUAGCAUGUAAAAUAUUGUACUAGACACGAAAAGGUGAGAUGCUAAAGCUCUGAAAACAAUCUUGAUAUCCGCAGACAUGAAACCUAAAACCUGAGGACUGAGCAGCAGAAAUGUGAGACAAGAGGUGUGAUGCAAUGAGCUGCAGAACAAAAGAGCCUGACAGUGAGACUCCUGUACUAUAAAUACAAUCCGUACAGAUGCAAUAAAAAUCCCCUUUAAACUCAAAUCUUGGUCUUAGCAGUUUCUAUUCAUCAACAAGUUUUUUGGGUUUUUUUUCCAAAUUAGCUUAAAGGCUAUAAUUUGAAUAAAGUGAAUAAAUGAAUAAUAGAGUUCGCAGCAGUGAAUGAGGAACAUCACUUCUUUGACAGGAAGAGACAGCACAGUGUGGUCUGAGGUGGCAAACUGCCUGAAGCUUGUGACCCACCACCUAACAGCUUUUUUCAGUUUUUUGCACAUAAAAAAACACACACACUGCCCAAAAAUGAAGCAACACUCUCAGAAGUGAAGAUUUGAGCCCUCUCUUCACAUUAUCUGCCUUUCUAGAGCUGAGCUUGAUGUAGCAUUUUCUGCAGUCCUGUAGAGGAUGUACUGUGUGAUUAAUACCUGUUAACACCUAAUACCUCAAGGCUGGUCACUACUAAUCUGAUCACAAAAAAGCACACGCUGACACCAGGAUAAAUCUAAAGUCAUUGAUUCAACUGGGUUAGAGUCAAUAAAAAUAAAUUCAAACAAUAACCAUGACUCUAACACUAACUCCAUAAACCUCCAAUUUCAGGAACUUUACUUUAAAUCAGCUGAUUAAAACCAGCUGUGACACUUGCGUAUAUUCUAUAUAUUUGUAUAUUCUUUUUCUUAGCAACAUGCCUGGUUUCACAUUGAAAAUAUCACAUAAAAAUACCACGCCUUCUUCAUUUCAACUUCCUUUUUUGGUGAUUUUUUUUUCAAAACAGCAGAUGCAUCAGAACCUCAGUCGUACACACAAAGAUGAACUUGACCUCGGUGACAGCUGUACUCCUCUGCAGCCUCAGUAAGUAUGAAAUUAUUAAACUAAAGAUGCUAACAUGAAUAAACAGAUGUAUUUCACCUUGCUAAUAAGUUCAUAUUUCAGUCUCUCAUCUGUUUGUUUUAGGCUGGCUCUCUGUCUCUGGCUCUGAGUUUCAGACUAUGGAGGUCCAACCUGGUAAAGAUGUCAUUCUGCAGUGCUCCAACAUGAGCAAAUAUGACAGUAACACAUUCUGGUUCAGAGUUGUCAACAGAACAAAUGUCAGCUCUAUCUCUGUCAUGUCCAGAGUUAAAACAAAACCAGAAUUUUGUGAUGGAAACGAUCAAAGUAAAUUUAACAUGUCAUCAGACAUCUCAACUCUGUUCCUCAAAAUCAAGUCUGUAGGACUGAACGACUCUGGACUUUAUUUCUGUGGGUUUUAUGAAGAAGGACGUCCAGCUUUCAGUCUAAAUCAACUUAGGGUCAAAGGUGAGUUCAAUUCAACGUUUUUCUUGCACUAACUAUUUUUUAACAGGUAACUUUCUGAAACCAACAUUAUGAACUGAAAACUGAAUCUAAAUUGUGCAAACUGAAUUGAUUUUUUUUUUAUUAUUAUUUUUUUUAAAAAAGUUGAAUUUUCAUGUAGGUUAAAUACGAGAGAUAAAUUAAGUUCCAAAACAUUCAUUUCAAUUUCAAAUCCUGCUUUUCAAACUCAUUAUAAUUAUUCAAUUUCAGUUUCUUGUGGUAUAAAUCUCAGCCCAUACAACAUCUAAAAAACAAGUGACUUGUAUUUUUGGUUCAUUCCAAUAAAAUCAAGACCAAAUAUUUGUUUUUUAUAUCUUUCAUAGGCAGCAGUCAGGCUCAUGGUGGUGCAGACACUGAGAAGACUGGUAUAUUCUUUUAAAGAUUCAUUUUAUUGCACUUUUAUCUGAAACUGUUUAACAGUUCAAAGUUGUAAAAAGAAAUGUUUCUACAAAAAUAGAUGAUGUUUUUCCAGGAGAUGGAAGUGACAGAAUAUUAACUCUGGUCAACGUGACCCUGGGUGGUGUGACCUCUCUUCUCGUGGUGAUCAUCAUCGGUCUGGUCAUUGACAACAGAAGGCUUGAAACAGGUACUUUUUAUGCUUAAUAUACUGUUAAUGCAACUAGUAAUUAAAAUUAUGAGGAAAAAAUGAUUUGUUAAAAAAACAAUAUUUAAAGAGUUGUUUUUCUUCUACUCAGCUGAAAGAGGAGAACAGAAUCCAGGACAGAGGAAGGUAAAUCUAGUUCUCAAAAACUUCAGAUGAACUGUUUGGCAUUAGUGAAAAACAGAGAAGUGUUUUUGUCAUGCUUAAUCAGUUUGUAUUGAUAUAAGACAUUCAUUCUUGUGAAAUUAUAUCAUAAAUGAAUGAACAUUUCACAACUUUAAGAGAUCAGAGUGUUUUUCUGUAGUUUCUACACUGUUGUCAAAGUAAAAAGACCAAAUAUCGACAUUAUUAUCUGUACCUACCCAAAAAUUCAGAUUUUUAUUUAUGUGUUUAUUUUUUGCAUAUUUUGAGUAACCACAUUCCAACUCUGAAUCCUCUUUUCUCAGACUGUGGCCUCUGAUGAUGUCAGCUACGCAGCAGUAACAUUUCAACCUAAACGACACAGAAGACGAAGAGAGCCAGAGCCAGAUGUUACUUAUGCAGCUACCAGAUAGAGAGAGAGGAAAUAACUAGAGAUUAUGUUGUAUCCUUAGAUUUCAUAAAGCUUCAAACAUGUAAAUGAGAGUUAACCAGGCUUUUCUUUAAAACAAAAAAAAAAAGAAAAAGAAAGUGACUUCAGGAUGGGGUACGGUGUUUCUGAAACUGAGAGUUUGUUGACAGUCUGCUGAAGUCAAGUGUCAUGAGUUAUGCUCAUGAAAUUUGUUCAAUCUGUAGUUUGUCAUUUCCUGUUUUAUUUUAAACAAUUUAUCUGGUGUUACCAACUUUGGAGUUAUUCUUAUUCUAGUUUUGCUGCUGUUGCUUUUCUUUUCUUUUUCUUUUGUUCCAUGAUCUCCUCUAUUUUUUUUUUUUUAAUCUCAUCUGAAUUUAGUGUUUUUAAUUGGAUUGUCUCUUUGUAGGAAUUAUAAUUUUAAGUGGUUAAUUUGUUCUGGCUUUUUUUUUUUUUUUUUUUUUUUUUUUUUUUUUUGCUAAAUAAACUGUUUUGUUUUUUUUUACUCUGUGCUUGUGUCCUCAUCUUUUUUUUCCACACUGGUGCAUCUAUAAAGCUCAAUAACAAUUUCUGUGAGUGAUAGCAUUCAUAACAGCUUAUAACCAUGUUUAUAAAGUGUAAGAGGCAGUGAGGGGGCAUGCAUUAUAAAGAUAUGCUUCAUGACUCAUUUUACCUUCAUGCAAAAGAAAAACGGCCUGUUUUGAAAUCUGGGUUAAUUAACAUUUUAUAACUCUCACAACUUUACCUGUUUAUCAAGGUUUAUGAAGAAAUCAUCCUACAUGUCAUCGAAAAAGCUAUAACUUCUCUGGUUCUCAAUUCGGAAAUGUCUUAUUGAUACUCUCACAUUAAUGUGCAUUUCUGUUUUAUUUUAUGGAGAAUGUCCAGCUUUCAGUUUUAAACAUCUAAAGAUAAGCAGUAAUUGUCGCACAUAACUUAAUCAACCUUACAUCUACUUCAAAUGUUGACCCUUUUCAUCCUAUACAUCAUAACACUGCACUUACAUACCAAUAUCUACAUCAGAUAUACUGUAUAUUACUAAUAGUUUACGAUACAUAUUGUAGUGAUAUCUAUCCUGCAUGAGAGUCUCUACUUUGCCUUUAGUGUCCUUAUGUGAAGAUUUCUUUAACUGACUAAUUUCAUGUUUUGAGAUAAAAUGUUUUCACUUAAUUAUGUUUGGUCCAAAGUUUCUGGAAAAAUAAAAUAAAUUCUUAAUAUUGCAGCAGAGGAUGACGGCUCAACAAAGAUAGUGACUGUGAAGGGGAUCCUGAGUGUCCUGACUGUUCUACUCAUGACUAUCAUAAUCGGUCUGAUUGUCAGAGACAGAAAACUUCAGUCAGGUAUCCAAAGACAACUUCUGGACAUCCAUUUUUACCCAAUAUUUACUUUAAUUUAAAAAUGUAUUCUCUUUCAAAAAUACUUUUAAUUUCAAUGUAAUAUAUUCUCAGUGCAACAAAUAUAUAGUCAGCUCACUGAUUUAACUAAGGGUGCUAAGCAGUAACAGACUUUUGAACAGUUUGCAGGGAAUCAGGCUCUUCUGUUUAUUUUGACUUGUGAUGGGACUUUCAUGAUAGAUGAACUAAUUACAUAAUAUGAGUGCACCAAAGUCAUAACUCAGUUCCUUACUGAUGCUUAAACUGUCCUAAAAACAAAAUUAAUCAAUAAAAAUUGUGAAUUAAACAAAUAAGAGUAAUCAAAAUAUAUAAUAUUAUUACGUUGCAGUUUUAUUGUUCAGGUGUUUCUAUAAUCAGUCUGAGACCUCCAAUCGCUCCGCCUCUUCACAAUGAGCCAACUUUCACUGCAGUUCAGUUAAGUUGCAACCUAACAGUGGGGCAGUCAAAGUGUGCACACAAUGAUGGGCCUCACCUUGAUACCAGCAUUACUCAUUACAUUCAGUAAGUACAUCUGUCAAUGUCUGGUCAAUAUGACCAUUUUAAACCUCCUAUCAGCAUGGUUCUCUACUAAAGUUCAUCUAUUGUUUGGUUCUUAUUGAAUUCAUUUGAUGUUGACUGAUUUAGGUUGGAUAUCUGUCUCGGUGUCUGAGUUUCACACUCUGGAGGUUCAACCUGGUGAAACAGUCACACUGCUGUGCUCCAAUUUUUCCAGCUUGCCUGAACACAUAUCGUGGUUCAGACUGAACAGCACAGCCAAUGUCAGCCAAAUUUCCUCCAUGUCCUACUCUGAUGAUAAUGUAACAUACUUACCUGCUUUUCAAAACAAAACAUUUGAAAUGACGUCCAACCUGAGUCACCUUUUUCUCAAGAUCAAACAAGUGGAAUUAUGUGACUCUGGACUGUAUUUCUGUGGAUUUAUCUCACAUAGAAACCCAGUUAUUGUCAGUGCAACAUAUUUAAAAAUUCAAGGUAAGUCAGUAUUAUAGUGCUGCUUUUUGAUUUGAAAGAAAUAGAUUUUUGAACCAAAAAAGGAUCUAUCUAACUCCAGAUUGCUCUACCAUUAGAUUUGAUGGAUUAUCUUGUUUAUAAGUUUGUAAGACAACACAGUCUGACAAAUUUCAUCCUGGAUCCUGCUCAGAUUUCCUACAGUAAUCUUUUUCUCUGGUUCUCUUUUCAGUGUGAUAUUUGGGAUUGAUUAAAAAUAAUCUUUUCUAUAUGAUAAAGAGACAUUAGAGGAUACAAAUAGGACUUUUUCACAGUUUCUUUAAUUGCAUCAAAGUCUCCUGUAUCUAAUAUCUAAGGUCAAACACCUAAACCUUGUCCCUAAAGAAACAAAAGACUAAUACUAUCAUUAAUUUUGCAGCAAAGGGUUAGAGAUUAACAAAGAUGGCAAAUGUGAUUUUGCACAAAGUUUCUGGAAAAGCAUCUAACUCAAAGUUUCAUAUAGUAGCAGAGAGCGAAUGCAUAACAAAGAUGGGGACUGUGAUCGUGAUCCUGGGUGUCCUGACUGUCCUCCUGGUGACUAUCAUGAUCAGUCUGACUGAUAAAGUGAGAAAACUUCAGACAGGUACUUUGAGACAACUACUGAUUAACUUAUUUCAGGUUAAAUAUUGCUACACAGUCUGUAUGAAUGAGUGUCAGCAUGAAAUACAACUUAAACUUUAAAGUAAGCACAGCAUAAACUAAAAUAAAGCAUGUCAGUUUACACAUUUGACAUAUCAUCUCUUUCUUUUAGCUGCAAAAAAAGAGAAGUCUCAACAGUUUGAGGUAAAUCAAGUGUUAUUAUCCAUCAACUUUGAUUGUAAAUACCUAAAAGAUUAAAGAUGAUGUAGCUUUCUUUUCACAAAUGUAGUUACUGACAGUUUUUAUUUUUUGUGUCCUUGAUACAGAUUCUGGACUCUGGUGAUGUGAAGUAUGGGGCGUUGACUGUCUUCUCACCAAUGGCUCUGAAAAGAAGGACUGGAUCAGAAAGAGAAGUGGAGACUCAUGUCAUUUACACUGCUGGCAAAUAGGAUCAGAGUCGAACAAGAUCAGAGCUUUUAUCAAAGAACUUUUGGAGUUUGUGUCUCUCUGUCUCUCUCUGUGUCUAAAACAAAAAGUAUUACGUUUUUAGUAUUGAUAUGAGCGUUUUAAACAUUACUCCCAUUUAUGUGAGUAUAAUACCAUCUUUUCAAUUUCACCUUUUAUGUCUGACUGGUCCAACAAACAAAAGGUCCUGGAGUGAGAUAUACUGGUGGUCUCAGCACAUGCUCAUACAGAGGUGAAAGUCCUUGGUGCAUCCGUUGCAGGUCUACUCUUGACCACGACCCUUUCCUGUUUGCCUUCCACCACUCUCUACUCUCAGCAUGUUCUGUCUCUCUUUAGCUGCUCUCUCAUAAAGACAAAAAUUCCCCAAAAUAUGUUUUUACAAUAGCUCAAAGCACGUUCUCAUGAACCUGUAUUCUUCACAAUGGCCAGCAGGGGGAACUCUAUUGUUUAAAAAAGAAGUGUAUAAAGUCUAUAGAGAAGUUACUUGACUCCUCUCUUUAUUUGUAACCAAAAUAAACCUUCUCAUGACGAUCCUCUGCUGUCAAAUGUUCUUUUUAAGUGUCUUUAACAGCAUGAAUUCUUUUGAUCGUUUUAUGGACCCAGGAGUAAAGCAGGUUAGUCUCAGCUGUGUCGUUACACUGUGACUCACAAGUUUCCACAACCUGAACAGGAUCAUGUCUGGUGUUACUCCAGGGGGAUUUUAAAAACAUUUAGAAAAACGUCUGACGUUGCCUCAAAUCUAAGAACCAUGUGCCAACAAGUCACAUAGAUUUUGGCCAAAGGCUAGGAUCUUGCAAAGACUGGGUAGCUAAAAGCAAGACUGGAUCUAGAUUACUGGGGGCAUUUACUGAGCAGAUUAUCUUCAAUAAUAGUGGUAUAAUAAUUAAACAUAUAACUAAAGACUAAAAAGUAAUGAGUCAGUCUCAUUGACCAUGUUUGGCAGCUACACUUUGUGCAGAGAGAAGGAAGGCAACACCUCUGUCUGCACUGCAGCAGUGGUUGCAUGAGAGAGGAACUCACACGCUGUUUGACACAAAAAGAGAGCAAAAUGUGGUCUGAGGCAGCCAAGACUAUGUGGUCUGUGAAUCCAUUCCUCUGAGAGAACACAGUCUGAAAUAAGGCACAGAUCAUCAGACAUCUAAUUUUUGUUUCACAGAAAUAAUGAUCAGCCUCUCAUCAUUGGAAGUAAAGCCAUCAAAGCACACACACACUGUUCAAAACAUAGUGACAGUAACUGCAUGUACUUACUGUGAUGUCAGUAGUCUGAAAAUGAGCCCUGCUUAGGAAGGGAAGGAGGGGUAAAGUUCACUAUGGAUAUUAGACCACUAAAGUGAAAGGAGGUGGAGGCCAUAGGCUUUUAGUCAAUUGCUUAAUUUGACUCUUUGGGUCCACGACUAGAGUCUUUUCCCUGCAUCCUCACCCUGGUUUAUACCAUAUCAUAUGUAGAAGGUCCAGGUAUCUCUGUACCUGUGCAGAAGCCAACCUGCACAGUCUGACACACAGCACCUCAACAAUGUAACAUGCGUUGAACAACACAGGCCGUGCACAUUCCUGGUAUCUCUGUCAUCCUCUGCCUCAGGGGACAUACAGCCCGUCUCCUCGAUUGUGUCUCCUCUUUUUUACUUUGCAGUAAAUGCAGUAUCAUCAACUGCUGCACAACAGACAUCAAACAUAUUGUAUUCAGGUUCAGGCCCCAUGGUUUCCUGUACACAAAAAAAGGAGGAAAUCAGCAACAUGACCAGAACAGACAUGGGUUAGGGUUAAGGUUAGGUGGCAUAGCUACAGCAUAGAGUCAAUGCACAAGCAUAAACCAGGCUUUGAUUUCGUUCUGUCAGGGAACAGAAAAGCAGAGACUAGAGGAUGUAGGGAGGUGUUAUUUCAUUAGUUAGUUUUAAGAAUUAAAUUUUCAAAACCCUUAAAUGUUUGAAAACAUCACUGGUAUCUGGUAGGAUUCCUGAGGCUUUUUUACUUACAUAAAUGUGAUUAAGGCAAUAAAACACCAGAGUUCUGCAGAUUAGUGUGGAUAAGUGUUAAUUUUGUUGUUGAAGUAAAACUGGAACAAACUGCUGCUUUAGGGUUUAUCAUGCCACCACACCUUGUGAUUAAAAAAUCCUGCAUAAAGAUGUCCUGUGUAUGAAUUUAGUGGGCUUACAGUGUCUAUACUGAUCUGUGCAAAGGUGCAGCAUGCUGCACAUGCAGAGAGGGCAUGACCCAAGGAUGCACAAAAUAGGACAUUCAAAGGCAGCCCUGGUAAUGUUUGUAAAGGCUUUAUCAACCCUGAAGUUGUAAGUAUCAAGUGGAAAGGUAACAGGAGGUUCUAUGCAGAUAGGGAAGAGAUAAGGAAAUGCCAGGAGGGAGGUUGGAUAGAUGGUAUAUGAAGACCUAAACAACACUAAACACAUAAAACUGUCCAAAAAUGUACUUUUGAAGAGAUUUUUCAUCAACAAGUCAGCCUCUUAGAAAUUAAGUCAUUAUUUGUGUAGUAAGAAUGUACACCAUCUACAACACCACCGUCUACAACACCACUGUCUGUAACACCGCUGUCUGCAAGACUGCUGUCUGCAACACCGCUGUCUGCAGCAGUGGUUGUGUGAGUGCUGAACUCAGCUCUCAACAGGAAGAGACAGCAAAGUGUGGAGGUGUGAAAAACAUAUGGCCUGUGGCCCCCAAUCUGUGACAAAAAAAGUCUGAAAGUCCUGGUCAGCUGUUUAUCAUAGUAAGUAAAACCAUCAAAGUGGAUAACGUAAAAGAGAAGAAUAUAGCAACUGAACAGCAAAUGAUGGAAAACUAGUGAGCCUUCAGCUACCGUCAAAACCACAAACAUAUCCUCCUCUAAGUAUAUCAGAACUGAAUGAAAUGGCAGUAUUCUUAAAGUCACUUUUAGAUGAAUGAAAGUAAUGAGAGUUUUAGUGGUGGUGAAUCAACCUUUAGCUACUCCUUCCAUCAAAUGUCACACCUCAGACUGUGCACCUGCACAAACUCACAUCACCUCCUCCAUCUGAAAAGAUGCCUAUAUCAUCUAGGUGAUACAUCACAGUUUAACCACAAGGUGAGGUUCCCAUCCAUUUCCACCCCUAUACAGGUUUUAACCUACUUAGCACUGCAAUAACAGAGCCUGUUGCUGUCACCGGCCAGGUAAGAUUUCAACAAUUUUAACUUGUACCACCUCUAUCAAAGAUUUAACUGUUAUCCAGAUUUGUAGACUUUAGCAUUCUGCAUUUUUCUGCCUCAGCACAGCAGAAUCACUAAACUGGUGCCACUGCUUUCCUCUGUGCAGAAGCUUUUGCUGAAUGCUUAAUUCAUCAACCGCAAUUGUGUGUAAUAACGGUCAUCAUGUUAAAACUAUAGGUCACAAUGACCUUCAUCAUGCCACAUCAGCAGUUACUUAAUUUGAAAACCUGUCAACUUUUUCCAAGACAAUGGUAAAGAUCAGUGCUUUUAGUAACACCAGCAGGAUUAUGAUAAACAAUGUUUAUGGUCAAAGUUUUCAGUCUAAAUGAGCUGAAUUACAGAAUCUGGGUGCUAAUGCAGAAUCUAGGACCAGAUUUUGGUAUCCAGAAGAGUUUUCCAAUUAAGUAGAAGUUACUGUUGCUGCUCCAUGUCAACUCCAUAGACUGUUUAUAGAAUAGACGCGGUCUGCCUCAUCACUGGGUAAAGCCACCACGAGAACAGCACCCCCUGGUGGCGGGCUGUAGUAUAAGUCAUAAAUCCCACCUCCUCCAGCAAUCCCUAUGGAGCUGUGGACAAACUUUAUGAAUUAGUUACACAGAAUAUACAUUUUUCUCCCCCUGGUUGUGAUGUUGUAGUUACUGUAAGACUGGUUUGUGCUCAAGUCCUUUUUUCCUGUGCAGCUUCAUUUUUAAAAAGUUAUUAAGGGGUUCAUGUUUUUAUGAUCGACACUAGAUACAGCCAAUGGGCGUACAAAGAUUGCGUUGCUCAUCAAGGGGGUACGCUGUUUGAGCCGAGCGUCAUCACAGCGACUUUCAUCACAGCGACUUUUAGCGACUCUCCUGCCGAAUGUGUACAAUGUUACUGCGCCAACAGUGGUUCCAGGAAGUAGAGAAAAUCCUGGAAAUACAGAGAGCAAUUCGGCAUUAAAUUCGUAUCAUGACGGAAUGCAAAACCAAGUUGUCCAUAGUGUAUGCAGUCUACGGUUUCUUCACAGUGUUCCAUACAGGGUCCCUGUAAAGAUAAAACAUCUAAGUGGGUGGAGGGAUAGUCCUGAUAUGACAAAGAAUGGUCAGCUCCAAUAUUGAGCUUGGUCCUCUGAAUGAGAAGACUAUCUUUCCACAUCAAGAUUGGAAACCCAUCGUGAUUAGUGUUAGCAAGUGAGUCUGAGUGAAUCCAGGAAUUACAGCUCAUGUGUCUAAAUGAAAAUCAAAACUACCCACGGGGGCCUCUACAAAAGAAACAUGUAACAUUUAACUCAGAGAACAGCACUUGAAAGAAGUGCUGGUUCAGCUCGAAUGAGGGAAUACAGGUACUAGUCAUAUAAUUAGAAUAUCAUGGAAAAGUUGAUUUAUUUCAGUGAUUCCACUCAAAAAGUGAAACUUGUAUAAUGUAUACAUUCAUUUCUCACAGACUGACAUAUUUCAAGUGUUUAUUUCUUUUAAUAUUGAUGAUUUUAACUGACAGCCAAUGAAAACCCCCAAAGAGUAUCUCAGAAAAUUAGAGUAUUGUGGAUAUAAUAUUGUGGUUCAAUAUUGAAGAUACCUGGUGCCACACUCUAAUCAGCUAAUUAACUCUAAACAUAUGCAAAGGCCUUUAAAUGGUCUCAGUCUAGUUCUGUAGGCCACACAAUCAUGGGGAAGACUGCUGACCUGACAGUUGUCCAAAAGACGGCCAUUGACACCUUGCACAAGGAGGGCAAGACACAAAAGGUCAUUGCUAAAGAGGCUGGCUGUUCUCAGAGCUCUGUGUCCAAGCACAUUAAUAGAGAGGCGAAGGGAAGGAAAAGAUGUGGCAGGAAAAAGUGCACAAGCAAUAGGGAUAACUGCACCCUGAGGAGGAUUGUGAACCAAAACCCAUUCAAAAAUGUGGGGGAGGUAUGCAAGACGUGGGUUUCAGCUGUCGCAUUCCUUGUGUCAAGCCUCUCUUGAACAAGAGACAGCCUCAGAAGCGUCUCGCCUGGGCUAAAGACAAAAAGGACUGGACUGCUGCUGAGUGGUCCAAAGUUAUGUUCUCUGAUGAAAGUAAAUUUUGCAUGUCCUUUGGUAAUAAAGGGCCCAGAGUCUGGAGGAAGAGAGGAGAGGCACAGAAUCCAUGUUGCUUGAAGUCGAGUGUCAAGUUUCCACAGUCAGUGAUGGUUUGGGGUGCCAUGUCAUCUGCUGGUGUUGGUCCACUGUGUUUCCUUAGGUCCAAGGUCAACGCAGCCAUCUACCAGGAAGUUUUAAACCACUUUAUGCUUCCUGCUGCUGACCAACUUUACGGAGAUGCAGAUUUCAUUUUCCAACAGGACUUGGCACCUGCACACAGUGCCAAAGCUACCAGUACCUGGUUUAAGGACCAUGGUAUCCCUGUUCUUGAUUGGCCAGCAAACUCGCCAGACCUUAACCCCAUAGAAAAUCUAUGGGGUAUUGUGAAGAGGAAGAUGCGAAACGCCAGACUCAACAAUGCAGAAGAGCUGAAGGCCACUAUCAAAGCAACCUGGGCUCACAUAACACCCGAGCAGUGCCACAGACUGAUUGACUCCAUGCCACGCCGCAUUGCUGCAGUAAUUCAGGCAAAAGGAGCCACAACUAAGUAUUGAGUGCUGUACAUGGUCAUACUUUUCUGUUCAUACUUUUCAGUUGGCCAACAUUUCUAGAAAUCUUUUUUUUGUAUCAGUCUCAAGUAAUAUUCUAAUUUUCGGAAAUACUGAAUUUGUGAUUUUCAUAAUUUGUUAGUUAUAAUCAUCAAAAUUAUAACAAAUAAACACUUGAAAUAUGUCAGUCUGUGAGAAAUGAAUGUAUACAUUAAACAAGUUUCACUUUUUGAAAGGAAUUACUGAAAUAAAUCAACUUUUCCAUGAUAUUCUAAUUAUAUGACCAGUACCUGUAGGUGCCCUAUCUGGAAGGGCUAGUGUCCCUGUCACCGGUUGCAGGAUUGUCUCAUCAUCUUCAAAUGAUACAUACUGUAGUUAAACAUGCUUGCUGAAGCAACUUCAAUUUAAAACUACUAAAUCCAACUCAUCUUUAUUUAUAAAGCACUUUAAAACAACCACAGCUGAAACAAAGUGCUGUACAUAAAAAACAAAAACAACUCAGACAUAAAAACAAUUAAAAACUACGUAAAAAAGGUUUCUCACCACUACAUUUCUAUUUUCUACAUCUCUAGUCAGCCUGAGCACUGAAUUACCAAAACAAUGCCCCGCCUCUUCACAUUGAUCCACCUCCACUGCAGAACAAUAGUUACAAACGGUACAGUCAGAGCAGAGCAUGAGGAUGAUGGGCCAUACCUUAAUACCAGCUUUACUUUUUACCCUAAGUAAGUGCACCUGUCAAUGUUUUAUCAGUAUGACCACUUUCUUUAAACACACUACUAAUGUAGUCAUGUAUUGAUUGGUUCUCAUUGAAUUCAAAGUGUAGUAAUCAUUUGAUGUUGUCUGAUUUAGGUUGGAUGUCUGUCUCAGUGUCUGAGUUUUACACUCUGGAGGUUCAACUUGGUGAAACAGUCACACUGCUAUGCUCCAAUUAUUCCAGUUUUCCUGAACACAUAUCGUGGUUCAGACUGAACAGCACAGCCAAUGUCAGCCGAAUUUCCUCCAUGUUAGACUCUGAUGGAAACGUAACAUACUUACCUGCUUUUCAAAACAAAACAUUUGAAAUGACGUCCAACCUGAGUCACCUUUUUCUCAAGAUCAAGCAAGUGGAAAUAUGUGACUCUGGACUGUAUUUCUGUGGAUUUAUCUCACAUAGACACCCAGUUAUUGUCAGUGCAACAUAUUUGAAAAUUCAUGGUAAGUCAGUUUUAUAGUGCUGCUUUUUAUCUAUCUAUCUACUGUAUCUAUCUAUCUAUCUAUCUAUCUUUCUAUCUAUCUAUCUAUCUAUCUAUCUAUCUAUCUAUCUAUCUAUCUAUCUAUCUAUCUAUCUAUCUAUCUAUCUAUCUAUCUAUCUAUCUAUCUAUCAUAUCUAUCAUUUUACUGGUUAUCUACGUACUGUAUCUAUUGUAUCUAUGUAUAUUCAUUUUACAUGUUUUCUUAGAGUUUAUUAAUGUAGUGCAAUCAACAUUUAGCAAUGUGCAUUAGUGUAAAUAUACAAUAAAUAUACUGCCCCUGUGAUCCUAAGCAGCCACUUACUGAAACAGAGAUCAUAUGUUACAACUGUACUUAAAAAACAAAUCACAGGAUAGUUCACGGAACAGCACGUAAAAUAACACGCUGGCAGUUUUUCAUUCAAAGUGACACAUUUUUUCCAUUGUGGUCUACAAACCUAUUGAGAGUAAACUGGUAAAAAUUCAAAAUGGACCUCCAGGAACGAGCAUCAGAGGAGGCGACAGAUAAUAUUCAUGAUUACAUGACUGGAUUGUUUUUAAUCAACAUCAGGUGAAGUAGUUCCUGAACAUCUAGAUAUGAGCUGGUAGUGUGUUCCAGGGAUGUGUACCUCUGACAGACAAUUUGAAAGAAACAAAUUUUAAUUUGUCUUAAUUUGCUAAAUUAAAAGGCUAUUAUUACAAUUUGUAAAUAUCUUUUUAUCGUUGUUGAAGGGUUUGUUUUGGGAAAUAUCCUGGUCAAAGUGAUCCCGGGUGCUCUGAUUGUCUUCCUCUCCCUCCUUGUCCUAACUCUGGCUGUCAUAAUAAGAAAACUUAAAACAGGUAAGUUUAUUGUGAUUAAAAUUGCAGAAAUGUAGCAAUUCAGAACCUUGUCAGUGCUAGAAGUAUCAAGUUUGAAGUAAUAACUGAUCGUGUUUCAUUUUUUUGUCAUUAAGUUCAUACAACAGAGGAGAAGAGCCAACAGAGAAGUGAGGUAAUGAAGGUUUGAGCUGAAAUUAAGUUAACAUCAAGUCUGUUUGUAUAACCAGAUCUUUUAUUGAUGCAUAAUGUGUGACUCUUGCAGAUUAGCGGCUCUGAUGAUUUGAACUAUGCAGCGCUGGAUUUUCAUGAAAGAACAAAAAGCAGAAAAAGACCUCCAGCAGAGAAUGAGAUGGAGACAAAUGUCUUGUAUGCUACAACCAGAUAGAUUCUCAAUUUUUUUUAACCUGAAAGUGUCUGUUUACUUUUGUUUUAUUUGGAGGUUCUAUCAUUUUUAUAUUAGGGUUUAAGAUAACAGUCUUCAGUUGAUACGCCUAUGACAAUUCAAUCAUGUAAUCAGAGAUUUUCAUGCAGAGAUUUUCAUGACUGUUGCUCACAAACUCUUGAAAGUGACUCAAAGGGGGCGAGACUGCAGGCCUCCUUUAUACAAAGACAGUGCAGCUUUUACACCCACUGAGUCAGAGAUUUUUUUCUUUCUCUUAUAUUCAUCAUUCAGGGUUGUUUUUUGUUUCAUAUUUUGGUCAAGUGUACUUAAACUCUAGACCAAAUGUUACUUACUUGCUGAAUAUCAAUAGUUUUCCAUUUUUCCUGACUUACUGAAGGAUGACAGAUGACAGAUUACACAACACACCUGCAGAUGUUACAUUCGAAAAAUUUAACCUUAGCAAACGAUCAUUUAUAAUGUUGGCUUAAAAAAGACUGAAAGAUAGCAGGAGACAUGUAUGCGUAUAUAUGUGGCCUGUCAAAUUGUUGGUCUUCAAUUGUGGUCUGUUUAGAAAUGUUCUGUGCUACUUUAAAUAAAAAACUAAAUGAAAACCUCAUUGUUUCUUAAUAAUGUCAUUUCCUGUGGUUUCUCACCAGAUGACAAUAUACAUUAUGAGUGGGUAACACCCUCAGUGUUGAAAAAAUACUGACAAAAGGCUGGGGGCCGAAGGGCGUUAAUUCCUCCGAGUUGCUGUUAGUCUUUACUAUUAAAGCAUUCAAGUAAAUUAUGUCUUACGUUUCUUCUUCAGUCACUUGUGCCUGCUAAACCUGAGCAAAUGAACCAACAAGACACUACAAAGCACAUGCAAAGUGCUGCAAGGCAAUUAUCAUCUCUUUGCUCCUGUUUGUUAACAUUUACACAAGCAAUUAUGCACUCCUUGGAUAAAUCUCAUUCACAAAAAAAAAAACAAUAUUCAGAUAUUCACAAUUAGAAAUGAAUGUUUACAUUCUGCUAACAUUUGGAGGUACCUAAUUUGCACUAUUUACUGACUGGUAAAAGUGUUCCCUCCUCACAGCGCUAAUCCUCUGCAUGUGGACAGAGCUGAGUUCCAUCAGGAUGAGAGCUUCCAGUGCAGCUCUGCACAGCAGGGAGUGGAGACUGCUCAUCUCCACAAUUACACACUAAAACAGAAGCAAACUGCACAGAGUUGCGAAAUUUUAUGGAUGUAAUUCUACUUGUGGCUACAAAUCAUUCACAGUGAAUUUUCUCAAGAGUUUGUUUUCAGCUAGAAGAGGAAAGAGGAGGCCUGCAUCAGAUAAAGAGAAGUGGAGAGUUGUGGUAUAUGCUGCCACCAGAAACACUCAAGGGGGAAACUGGAACUGCAGCCUUGAGUAGAACAGAUUCUGAAUCAUUUUAGCUUGCAUUUGUUUGCAACUAAUGCACAUGUGAAAAUCUGAAAUGGAAAAUAUAAAGUUUUCAGCAAGUAUCACUAAUGAAACUUACUAAUGAGAGUCAGCGGGCAAACAGAAAAAAAAGAUUUUUAUACUGUGCAUAUCUGACCAGAUCCUAAAAGCAUAUAUACAGUACCACAAGUAUGAUAGACAUAAUUGGUAGUCUAAUUUUCCCUUCAUGACCUUCAUACAAUUUUCAAGAAAGUCAGUGUAGUGAACAGCAGAUAUACAUAGAGACUCCAUAUUGAAUUUAGUUAUUGAAUCCAGACCCCGUACUCAAUAGCUUCACCUACUGCUAAAUCUAGUUUUCUUUUAAGUCAUCAUUCAUAUGUAAGUUCUCACAUUGCUGUCACAUUUGUUUCAAAUGCUGUCAGCCAUGGAAAGGAGAAACAUUUUUUAAGAUGCGGUUUGGGGCAUUUAUGUCUUUACUACACUGAAGAAAAAUAUAAACACAACACUUUUGUUCUUGCUCCCAUUUUUCAUGAGCUGAAUUCAAAGAUCGAAGACUUUUCCUGUGUACACAAAAGACCUAUUUCUCUCAAAUAUUGUUGACAAAUUUGUCUAAAUCUGAGUUUGUGAACACUUCUCCUUUGCUGAGAUAAUCCAUCCACUUCACAGGUGUGGGCAUAUCAAGAUGCUGAUUAGACAGUAUGAUUAUCGCACAGGUGUGCCUUAGACUGGCCACAAUAAAAGGACACUCUAAAAUGUGCACUUUUAUCAUGCAGCACACUGCAACAGAUGUCACAAGUUUUGAGGGAGCAUGCGAUUGGCAUGCUGACUGCAGGAAUGUCCACCAGAGCUGUUGAAUGUUCAUUUCUUCACCAUAAGCUGUCUCCGAAGGCGUCCUCUUCUUGUGGCCAGUCUAAGGCACACCUGUGCAAUAAUCAUGCUGUCUAAUCAGCAUCUUGAUAUGCCACACCUGUGAAGUGGAUGGAUUAUUUCGGUAUAAGAGAAGUGUUCACAUUCAGAGAUUUUGAAAAUUUGUCAACAAUAUUUGAAAGAAACAGUUUGUCUUUUGUGUAUAUAGAAAAAGUCUUCGAUCUCUGAGUUCAGCUCAUGAAAAAUGGGAUCAAAAACAAAAUUGUUGUGUUCAUAUUUUUGUUCAUUAUAUAUAGGAAAGCUGAAGAGAGCCAGGAAAUGUGAGAAGCAGAGGGGUGUCUAACUAGCUGCAACGAGGACUAUGGCAUCUAAAUGCUGGGUGCACAGACAACUAGGCCAUCAACCACCUAAGGGUGAGACUUUGUAAAAGAUGUUAUUACACUUGAGCGCACUGAGGGUUGCAUGCCUUACUUUGUGCCCAGGAUGUGUACUGGGGUGUCUGCAGCAACCAGCCACCUCUACAGCUGCUGAGCCAGGUCUCCACAGACAUAAAGGUACAGCUGAUUUGUUUUUUUUUUUUUGUUUUUUUUUUGCUUUGUUUUGUUUUUUUUCCCAAAUAAGCAAAUUAUUCUAACAGUAAUUGACUGUAAAAGUGACUGACUUCUUCCAGUUUUAGCUUAUUUAGGACAAGUUCAGGGACAUAAGACAAAAUACCCAAAAUGGAAGAUCGAUUUGAGCAUAUUGAGAACAGAACACUUGUUUCCUUAUCCACUUUUUUUUCCUUUACACCCCAAAGCUUUAGUCACUCUGUAAAAACAUAACAAGCUAUGUGGUGCUGGCUAAAGUACAUGUGAAAAAUACCCCGCCUCUCCUACUGUACCAUCAUCCUGUAGCUUUGCUGCAUUGUCUUGGCAGCGACACAUCUGUGCACAAUGAGGAACAUUUUCUUGGUAACAAUUUCACUUCUCUGCAACCUUUGUAAGUUAUUUAUUCACUCUACUUCCAACUACACUGUUAAAUAUUAAUAGAACAAUCUAGUGGAAAAGUUUGAAUUGUUGAGAUGAUAGUUGUGUUUGUUUUAGGCUGGGUCUCUGUCUCGGUGUCUGAGUCACAGACUGUGGAGGUCCAGUCUGGUGAAGAUGUCACACUGCUUUGCUCCAAUUUUUCCAGUUCUUACACUCAGAUAAUCUGGUUCAGAGUGAUUAGCAAAAGUCAGCCAAAGUGCAUCUCUCAUAUGUUCAAGUCUUUUGAGCCUGCCACGUUCUGCAGUGGAUUUCAACAUGGAAAAUUUGAAACAACGUCAAACAUCUCUACUAUCUUCCUCAGCAUCAAACAAGUGGAAUUAUCUGACUCUGGGCUGUACUUCUGUGGGUUUAUUUUUGAUAAAGGUUCAGUGAUCGUCAGUUCAACAUAUUUAGAGGUUCGAGGUAAGUUUCUUCUUUCUUCUUCAAAUAUUUUCCUUUUUUCUUUUUCAUGAAACCUGAGAUGUGAGAAUCUGAUUCAUUAAAAUCAGAUCAUUCAAGUUUACCUGCCAUUUGUCAUUCUUUCUAAAUCAGGUCACAGGAGACAUAACUGACAUGUAAUUCAAUGACCUUUUUUUUCUUGAAGAGUUGGUUGAAAUGACAAAACUGACGAGUGUGAUCCUGGUUGUCCUGGUUGUUGUCCUGGUAAUGAUCAUCAUCUGUUUGUCUGUUCAAAUAAAAAAGCUUCAGAGAGGUAAUUGGAUUUACUUUGGGCUAUUUUUUAAUUUCACAUCCACUUUCUUACAAACUGAACCCUUUUGUGCUUCCCUUUAAAAAGUACCUUUUAAUAUUUCAAAGCAUUCUUACAUAAAACUAACUGUGUGUUUGUCUUGCACAGCUCAUAUUGGAGAACAGAACCCACAACAAUACAUAGUAAGGUUUAUUAUCUUUUUUUUUAAUGUCAAGCUUCAAAGGGACAAACAUCUUUAACUUGUUGGACAGUUUUUGGUUUAGUAUUGAAGUGAGAUAACUAACUGAAAAUACUUGUAAUUACAGAAUCCAGGCUCAGAUGACUUGAACUAUGCAAGUGUGACCUUUCGUCAAAGAACAGCGAGAAGUCAUGAGGGUGCUUUAGAGGGAGAAAUGGAGACAACUACGAUUUAUUCAGCCACCAGGUAG